CAAGGACUUGCCAGUAUCCAAGAUGGCGCUUGUUGCCCGGUCACAUGCUUUUUGCCAGGGAGCUGACGUCAUUGUUUAUGUCUGGAGCCCGCAGAAGCAGAUGAGCCGGUACUAAGGGGCACAUUUGGGCAUCUGUGCUAUGGGAACCCCCAAAUAUCCCAACACCCUUCAGCACUGCCAUGAAGAUGGGACAGCCUGAGCCAUAAUGCCAGGAGAAAUACCCAGCUAGGCCCACAAGUGAGUGACAGAGUGAGGGGGACACAGUGUCAACCAUGCCUUGGCCCUUCUCAGAUUCCAUCAAGAAGAGGGCCUGCAGGUACCUGCUGCAGAGAUACCUGGGCCACUUCCUGCAGGAGAAGCUCAGCCUGGAACAGCUCUCAUUGGACUUAUACCAGGGCACUGGCUCCCUGUCACAGGUGCCCCUUGAUAAAUGGGUAAGCUUUGCACCAUUUUGGGUUUUGGGCUUGUCACAUAGGUCCUGGCAUGGGUCUGGGGGUCUUCAGCCCAUAGGUAGGUCUGGGUUUGGAGGUCUUCAGAUGAUGGCUGAGGAUACUAUGAUUAUAUAUUGCAAGAAUGCCACUCAACGCUAAAUGGAAAUCAUGCAACAGCAGGUAAAGGACUAACAUGUGAGGUUUGCAUUUGUUUACUCUUGUGAGUACAGGAGGGAGUGUUUAAUGACAUGUACAGUGGGGUUUGGUUUAGACUUAGUCCUGUAAUAGUUGUUAACCCUUGGAGCAACAUCUGUCCGUGGCUAUAGUCUUUUUUUUUUUUUGUUGUGCCACACCUGCCACUGCAUGGACACAGCAUUUGCCCAAAGUUAACCAUCGUGAAACUAGUCAAUGCUAUCUCUGGAUUACCCCUUGGUUGGUGAAGCUUUUCAGUUUAUAGCUUCCAUUGCAGAUUCAAGCUAAUAGAAUCAUGCUGUUAACAUAGUAUUUAUGUAUUAUUGUAACUCUUUUGUAGUUAGUAGUAUUUCUAUAAAUUUUGCAUUUAUUUUUACUCAUAUUCCAGUUGCUUGCAUGUGCAUUCAAGUAUUUUUAUUUCUUUAAUUCUGCUUUGAUUGCUAGGGGCUCUUUUAUUGUAAACUAAAUUUCAUAGUUGGUCCCAUUUAUGUGGUCAAUUUUCAAUUUAGCAAAUCCUUUCGUGGUAAAUUGGUAGAAUUUCUGUUAGGGCUAGUAAUCAGCAAGUAAACGUAAUUAGAAUUUAAUAAUAUUAUUUAUUAGACUUCAUUGUUUAUGUGAUGGCCAAUACCUUUAACUAAUUGGGAAAUUAGAGAUAUUGACGGUAUUGGUGCUUAACAUCUUACUUAACACCUCUAUUUCUUCUUUUGGUAGAUUAAUUUUGUUUGGGAUGCAAGGAUAUUUGAGUGUAUUAACUAAAUCAAAAAUUUGGAGAAUUUACAAAUUAAUGGGAAAUUUUGAGUAGCUGAAAGAUUAUCCGUUUGGAGAAUUUUAACCUACAAUGUGCAGUGCCUUUGUCAAUUCUCCUCAAUUUCUAUUUUAGUAAAUAAACUGAGAUGUACAAAAUUGAGAUGGAUGACAGUGCACCCACAUCAGUCCCCUCCUGCUAACAUACUUUUCUUUGGCUGGCAGUAACCAAUGGAUCACUUUUCAGAAAGCAGAUAUUUAUAGAGUCGUGUUUGUUUACAUACUUGUUUUUGAUUUAUUAAGUACUGCUAUUUGUAGCAAUCAAAGUAUAUAUAGCAUAUUUCCAAUAUUAUAUUCAAUAUAUAAAGUUUUUGCAUCAUGUGUGUGGAUUUUAUAAACCAAUAUAAUCUUUUUAACAGUGUUUGCUUCUUCAUGCAGAAUAUUAUUGUGUUAAAUUUCCUGUAGCUUGCUUCCGAAUCUCCAGUCUGCUGCAGUGGAUGCAUGCGUUUUAGUGCAAGGUUGUUUACUUUGCGGUGUAUUUCGGUUCACCUUUACCCUUUCUGAAUGAACCCACCAAAGUUACUAUACGUCAUUCCUGCUUCAUUCAAUUCGUAUACAAAUUAAAGGGACACUCUUAGCACCAUCAAUGCUUCAUUCAAUUUGUAUACAAAUUAAAGGGACACUCUUAGCACCAUCAUUGCUGGAUGGAGUAUUAUUGCCCUUAAAAUCUGGACUUAUUUGUAUAGAUGAUGUGGAAAUUAAACUAAUGAAUUACUUGUGCAGUUUCAGAGAGGAUGGGGUUUGGGUUCUGAGUAACCUUGUUGCCCCUCACUUUGCAAUUAUUCACAUGACUUGACAGAAAACAGCAUUGAAAGUAUUCCUGCAACAUCAUCUACAAUAAGCUGUAUGUUUUGUUGCUUAGACUAGAGUAUACCUUUUAAAGGAGCACUCCAAUGGAAACAUUUUUAUUUCUUUUAACAAAUUAGUAGACAUACCCACAAUGAAAAUAUUUAUGCAUUUUUUGGGGGGAGUAUAUCUAAAAACUGCUUACAAACGUAGCAGGUCUCUUCUAUGCAACUUUUGAAAACUCUAACAGGUGUGUGGACUUUUUUUUAUUUUUUAUUUAUUUGUCCAAGGGACUAAAUAGGUAGCCCAAUCUACUCGUCCUGACGCAAGAUAGUUUUAAUCUUUUUUAAAAUAAGUUUUGUAAUAUAAAAAGAGGAAACACUUUUAAAAUUUUUAAAGCUAUAGUGCUAUACGUGUGUGGAUUGUCCCUUUUAAAGAGUGAAAACCAAUGGCCUUUAUAUAAUAAUAUUAAUAUUAAAGGAAUGUAAGAUCCAUUUUAUUUAGUUAGUUAAAUGAUGACUGUAGAGUCAUCAAAAGACUACUUAUAAGAAUAUUCCAAUCACCCUAACCACUACAACAUUCUUUGAUUGGAGACAGAGCCCAAUGGUCUGGAUCUUCUAACACCACUCUGGAUAUCAUCUGUCCAAGGCCCUGGAGACUGAGGUCAGGCCAACGGCAGGAUGAAACCCAUAUCUAAAUAUGCUUUAGAAUUUAGUGUACAUCCUUUUAUCCACUUUAACUCUUGGCAUUCUUAAAUAUGCUUACCCACAUUGUUACUAUCUUAAGAUCACUUUAGCACCUGGCUGCUGGCCACCUCGCCCAUUUCAAGGUAUAUAAUUGGUGUUAUCUUUCAAGAAAGGUUUGCAUUUGCUAUCUUUACUAAUGUUUUAUGUAGAUCUUAAGAUAACCAACUUCCUACCUUUUUUUUUAAAUGUUAAUAGUUGUUCUCUUUUACCAAUUAAUAGAGCCUUAAUGAGCUAAUGGAGUCAGCAGAUGUACCACUGGAAGUUACAGAAGGCUUCAUACAGACCAUUUCUCUGUUCAUUCCGUGGGGCUCCUUAUUGUAUGAAAACUGUGCACUAGAGGUUAAAGGUUUAGAAAUGGUAUUCCGGCCCAGACCUAGGCCACGUAAGUAAUUUGUAAUCUUUGUUACUUUGUUUAGAGCCAUUAGGCUCAUAAAACUUUCAUAAUAGAGGAUAUACAUAAUGACUUGUUGUCCUUGGCAUUGAAAGCAAGAAUGUUAUUAUUGCAUGCGCAGUAGCUGGACAAGAGACAUGCUAGGUCAUUUUGACACAUAAGAUAUUGUCAAAGGAACCCCCCCAAGCACCAUAAUCUCUACAACAUGCUGUUAUGCUUCUUAACUGGCACUUCUUAACUGUAAGUAGUUUAACUGUUUCAGAACAAUUUGACUUCUUAACUGAGAUGCUCUGGGAGCUGGGCCUACCUCCACUACUGCCGACAAAGCUGUAAGAGCUGAAAAUUCUUUGUCUGAGCUAAGCCAAGCAGUGCAGCCCUUAUCUCAUUGACUGAACGUGAUAAACUGAUGCUCCCAGCCAGUGGACCAGCCCUUCUUUGCAGGGCUUAGCUCAGGAGAGCUAAUGGAAACUCCUAAGCAGACUUCCUGUUCCUUGUCAGCUAUAGUAGAGUCGUGUAGUGUUGCCAGGCAGACCCCAGUUAAGAAGUCAAACCAUUAUAAAACGGGAUGAGUACCUACAAUACGGGGGCCACCGAGGCAGUCCUGGCUCUAUAAUCACUACAGCGCUAUGUAGUGGUUAUGGUAUUUGGACUGUUCCUUUAAAAGACAUGGGAACUGUAGUUCCAUAAAACUUAGAGUACAAAGAUAAGCAGAUUUGACAGGAUGUAAAACACUAAAUAAAUCAUUUUUAGUUGUAAGAGUUUGACAACCACAUCGUAUCUACAGUAAAUUGUUGGCCAAUAUCCAACUUUUGUGAUUUCUAGAUCUUUGUUUCAACGAAUAAAACCCUUAAAGGACCACUAUAGUGCCAGGAAAACAUACUCGUUUUCCUGGCACUAUAGGGUCUCUAGGUCCCCACCCUUAGGGUCCCCUUCCCGCCGGGCUCUAGGGUGAGGAAGGGGUUAAACACAUACCUUUUCUCCACCGCCGGGCUCCCUCGGCGGUGGGGACUCUCCGCCUCCUUUCCCCGUCAUCGGCUGAAUGCGCAUGCACGGCAAGAGCCGCGCGCGCAUUCAGCCAGUCCAUAGGAAAGCAUUCUCAAUGCUUUCCUAUGGACGCUGGGUCUUCUCACUGUGAAAAUCACAGUGAAAAGCUCGGAAGCGCCUCUAGCGGCUGUCAAUGAGACAGCCACUAGAGGCUGGAUUAACCCAUAGGUAAACAUAAUAGUUUCUCUGAAACUGCUAUGUUUACAGCAGAAAGGGUUAAUCCUAGAUGGACCUGGCUCCCAGACCACUUCAUUGAGCUUAAGUGGUCUGGGUGCUUAUAGUGGUCCUUUAAUUACCUUUAAAUAUAUUUUUCUGGUUUAAAUGCUUUUUUAUAUUUCAGAGAACCCAUGAAAUAAUCCUGUUUUGGGAGCUGGUUGUAAUCCGCCACCUUUAGUCUCUGAAACUGGCUAUAGUGGCAGAGCUUUCAAUCUCUGGAAUUUACUAUAAAUGUCCAGCUUUCAGAGUAUUGAAAUGGAUCUAAUAUAGUCCAACUUUCAAUCUCUUUAGCUACAAUGAUCCAGCUUUCAGUUUCUGAAACAAGCUAAGCUAUAAUGUUAUCAAUCAAUCUAUUGAGCUGGAUCUAAUGAUGCUGAAACUCUGAAGCUGGCUAUAAUGUUCCCAGUGAAUGUUUAUUCACUGUGUCUAGCUAUACUGUUAUAAUUUUCCUUCUGUGAAUCUGGCAAUAUGAUGUAUACAGUCUAUUUUGGUUAUCUCACUUAGUUGUCUUAGUAUUACAAAGUUUUUCCAGUAUAUAUGUGUAUUCAAUUAUUGUGUGAUAUAACUGAGUGACGUGUCCAGGGAGAUAUAAUAUUGAUUUGUUUUGUCUGCCAUUCAGGUUCUGGCUCUGAGCCAAUGUACUGGUCCAGUUUCAUGACCAGCAGUAUGCAACUUGCUAAGGAGUGUCUAAGCCACAAACUAACUGAUGAACAAGAAGCAUCACAGCCAUUUGAAGGUCUGGAAAAGUUUGCAGAAACAAUUGAAACUGGUAAGACUGUCGACUUUUAUUGAAAUGUAAUAAAUGCAAUGACCCUUAAAGGGACAUUCUGGGUACCAGCACAAUUUAAAAGAAUAUUGAAGACACCAACCCAACUUGCAUUUAACUGAUUUUGGUGUCAUAUUUAUUCUUUGUUUUUCUCUACAUUCAAAUCUAUUUAAAGGGUACCUGUUGUGGUAUGUUAUACUUGCCUUAACUGACAUCCUCUUCAGAUUUAAUCUAUACAUUGUGCUAGCCAAAUCGUGAGCAAAUGUAUAGAUUUCUGUAAUGAUCGCAGCUUAAUUUGCCCUUCCUCUCUCUCUCUCUCUCUCUCUGACAAAAAGACUGUCGGCCUAGCUGUGCCGAUGUCUGUCUGCCUAUGUACAUGGCUAUAGACAUCAGCGUCAUCAGUGGGGCUGUGCCAGGCUUGGGAAAGCUACGGUAGGCAUCCUAAUCAUAGGCAGUACAAAGGACAUAUAUCAUGCCCAUGAAGGUGGGCAAAUAUGAAACAAAAGGAACAUGUUGAAGGACAUUUGGAAUUUCACCAAUAGGUUCACUUUUUCAUGUUUCUGCAGCGUAACCCCACCCCCUGAGCCACACCUCCCCUUUUCACAAAAUGUUUCCCUGAUUGAAGACAAUGCUCGAAAUAUGGACUAAGCUCAGCCAAUGAGAGAUCAGUAUGAGCUCAGUAUAUGAUAUACCUGCACCACACAGUCAGUCAUUGUCCUCUUUAUUAUUUGUUCUGUUUCCCCUUAGCACUGUGAAAUUGGCUUUAGCAUCAUUCUUCCAGGGAAUAGUAAAUUGUUUUUGCUUUUGCUGGAAAUAGAAAACUGAAAUCCAAAAUGCUUUAUAAUGUCAUUAUUAUUAUUAUUGCUAUUAUUCUUACAUUAUUCUUACAUUACAGUGCAUAGACUAGGUCUACCUUUUGGUACCUGUUAAUUUAUGUCUCUCUUUGUUAGAAUACAGAGACAAGGGACAAGACAUUUUUGUGUUUUAUAGAAAUCAGUGCACUUAGUAGCAUGCAAAUAUCUUGCUGACUCCAUGCAUGGUAUUCUAUCUGCAAUCUUUUUGCAACUUGGGUAUCUGCAUUUUCCCUUUAACUCCUUAAGGACACAUGACAUGUGUGACAUGUCAUGAUUCCCUUUUAUUCCAGAAGUCUGGUCCUUAAGGGGUUAAAGAUGAUCACUUUAGUAUUAAAGGGGCAGUGUGAGCAUGAUGUCCACUACAUGCCAUUAUAAUAGUUAUGGCGUUAGUGGGUUGCUGUGACCAUCCCCUGUCUCUGGAUAAAACAGUUUUUGAACGGUUUACUUUAAACUGUGGAUCUUGCUGCCUGACCUCCUCUCACUUUAAACUGUAUUUAAACAGGUAGUAAGAGUAUCUGAGAGCUUACAGAGAUUCCCUGUUUUAGUCAAACUGCUCGAAAAAAAAGUUUCACCAGGCCUUGCCAUGGUGGUUGUAGAUUACUAGCACCAUAACCAUUGCAAAGGUAUGUUUUGGUUACUUAUAGUGCUCAGACUGAACCUUUUAAAUAUAAUGAUAAGUUAAAAGAUAUACUUCCUACGUGACAUUUGCUCCCAACCCCUGAAUGCCUUAGGUCCUACAUAGGCUGCAGCCCAAUUGACAAAUUCUACACAGCCUUGCCUUAAAAUGCCUCACGUGCAUAUAAAUCCAUUGUAUUCAGUUUUCAGCUUUUAUCGUCAAGGUUGAUCAGAAAUGUUUCUAUGUAUUUGCAAAUAAUUUGGUUGCACAAUGAAGACAUAAGAUGCUAUUGUUCUACUGUAUCUGCAUGAAAAGUUAUAUUUGCCUGCCUUCAAAAUGUAUUUUUCUAUGGUAAAUGAAAAGUAAUUCUUUUUAUGUUAUAUAUCCGAUUUUAUUUAGUCUUAAGGCGGGUCAGAGUAACAUUUGUCGACACAGUGUUUCGAAUAGAAAACAUACCUGAAAAUUCCAAAACAGGAACAGCUCUUGAAAUUCGAAUCAGCAGGUAAGGGCAUAACUUCUUUGGGAAUGCACAUUUGGAUUAUAAAGUAACAUUUAGCUUAGAGGUAAUGAACAUAGAGCUUUGCAACUGCAUUAGAAGUACUGUAACGUCCGGCAAUCACAGUAAAAGACAGAGUUUGUAGCUGUCUGAACAUUGCAGGAGUUAUAGCUCCCCAGUUGUCUAAUCUGUUGCACUUUUAAAAAAAAAAAAUACAAAAAUAUUGAAUUAGUUAAUUUUGUAACUUUUUUUUUUCAUUUGCAUUAUUUUUGCUCAGCCAAAAUACAAUGCAAAUGCAAUUAAUCCCAAUGGAGUAUUGCCUUAGCGUGCAAUGGCAUGUGCAUCUCUUUGGAAAAAAUGCCCAAGGACAGAUGCCCUCAUACAAUUUCUUUCCAAACAGGUGCCUGAGUGCACAUAAGUAUACAUCAAGCACCAGGGGUUGACGACUUCAAAUGGCAUGAAGGAAUGUGUCUUUUAUGCUUCUCUCCUCUGCACUUCUACAAUAAUAAGUCUUUUAAUUGCAUUUACUGUGGUGAGGGAAUAAGGAAGUGUCACUAUUGUAGAUGUGAUGCUGAAUGAGCUUUAUGAGGUAUGAAGUUCAGCAACAUCUGGGGUACCAAAUGUAACCAUCACUAAUCUAAAUUCACAGCCUUAACUUUGUAAAAUAGACAAAGAUUGAAGUGUUACCAAAUGAAGCUUGCCUUUUACAAUUGCAUAUUUUUCCACCUAGAACUGUAUAUUCUGAUGAGACGGCGGAUGAAAACUCUGGCAUUAACGUCCACCAGCCUUCCGCAUUCGCUCAUAAAGCUCUGAAUCUCAGUGGAGUUUCUUUAUUUUGGGAUGAAUUUCCGGCCUCUGCAAAGUCCUCCCCUGUUUGUGAAACUUCACGUGUGGUAAGGAAGAAUUAAGAUAGAAUUAAGAUACUUAAAGGAAGAAGCUUUGCACAUUGUAAUUAAUUUAAAUAGACUGAUUACAUGACCUAGUAAAUUAGCGCUCAACCUAUUAAAAUAACUCAUUAUUAAUUAUAUUUGUUGCAGUCUUAUGUUGUGAAUUUAAUUAUGCUUCGGGCACUUUUUUGCACUUUUCUAAACUUCUGGUGAGCAUAAUCAUUCCCUUCAAGCUUUUUGCAGUAAACACUGUCUUUUCAGAGAAAAGGCAGUGUUUACAUUACAGCCUAGGGACACCUCCAGUGGUCACUCCUCAAAUGGCUACUAGAGGUGAUUCUUGGGGCAGUGCUGCAUAGUGAGCAGCACUGCCAUCCAGUGUCUCCACCCUCUGCAUGCAGACACUGAACUUUACUCAUAGAAAUGCAUUGAUUCAGUUCAUCUUUAUGAGGAAAUGCUGAUUGGCCAGGUCUGUGUAAUGGCUUGUGCUGGCUCUGCCCCUGGUCUGUCGCCUUGACAAGUUCAGCUAGUUCUAUGCCUUCCUAUGGGAAAGCAUUGUGAUAGGCUCAGAUCACCACUCCUGAUGAUGUCAGCCAAGGAGGUCGAUCAAUGGCAGAGCCAGCUGCAGCAGACUAAAAUAAAGGCAAGAUUUUACUAUGUGUAAGGAGGCAAAGGGAAGGGGGAGGGGGGGAUGGGGGGAUGGGCUAGAUGGUGUUUUAAUAUUUGUGUUCUUUUAAAAGAGACAAUUGAUAAGCAGCAACGUUGAACAAGCAUAACUGUUGAUUUACCAUUUGAUGUUUCUUUUUGUUACCUGUUUUAGCUAACAUCUAACCUUUUGAAAUACACAUCAGAUGUGUCACUUUGUAUCUUAAUACUACACAUCAGUGACACUCAAAUAGAAAGCAAGUUUAGACAUUUGUGUAUCCACUGUCACAACAAAGACUUUUAUUUCUCAUUCUUUUGUAACAAUAUGUUACGGUAAGGUCACUGGAUUGUGUCAAAGGCAAAAUUAUAUACUAUAUUUUCCUAUAAUUCGUACCUGUUGAAAAUUCUCUAUAAACAUUUUUGAGUAGAAAAAAAAUAGAGGCAAUUGACUUGACCUCAUUAAACAUGUUUUUAUUUUGUUUUUUUUCCAUUUUUGUGGCAACAUAUUUUAAUCUGGAGUUUGUACUUGAAGCUUAAAAUUGCAUUAGCGUAUGUUGAACCAACAGUGUAUAUAUUGUUUUAUUUUUUUUCAGAUUUAUUUAUAUAGUUUACCAUUUGCUCAACUUAAAAAAUUAAACAAAAAUACAAGCCUUUCUAUAAGACCAUAUCAAUUUAAUGUAAAAAUGUCUUUCAUUUUUUUCUGCAGGAAACUGAGCCAAAACUCUCUCCUAGCUGGAACCCCAAACCUGUGUUUGAACCGCAUCCUCAGUUUUCAAGAACUAUACCCGAGGUGGAACCCUCAGACCCUGUGCAAAUAGCGACCUUGGUUGGGAAAAUUGAGCUGGGACUAAUUCUUAAGCAGAAUGAUGUCCUUCCUGGAGCAAAGGUCAGGAUUUUCAGCCAUUAAUUCAUUUGCACUAUCAGUAAAUGUGAGGGUUAAUAAAAGCCAGAAAAACUAAUUUUAUUUUUGUGUUUGCCCUAAAAAAAUCAAACCUAUUUGCAAAUCUCACCAUUUUCAAUAAGGCAAUCUUUUGUGUCCCUUUAAAUGCCAUAGCUAUAUUUUACUAUUACCUUUUUAGUGUGAAUCAAUAAAUCUUAAUGUUGUAAGUUUUUUUAUUUUUUUUAUUUUCUCUCUCUCUCUUGUUUUCUGUAUUCUCUAGCUUGAUGUAGAUGGACACAUUGACUCCUUCCACUUUUUCCUCUCUCCCCGACAAGUCCACCUGCUGCUGGACUUGUUUGCAGCAAUAGCAGCACCAGGUAAGACGUUUUUAAUUAACAGUUCUUUCGUGAAUUCCCAAAAAUCCAUUGUUAAUAGCAGAAAUGGGGCAUUCAUGUUAAAAUGACAAUCUAUUCUUUAGAACACGGUGGAAUUUUAGGAUCAGCCAUAACAAUGGGCAUCAGUCAAGCUUGGGCUGAUGCAUUUUAACUUCACAUUUCUAAAGCAAAACAGGAGAUGAUGUAGACUGCAAUUAAAUUCAAUGGUUUUAGUCUGCCCACUGUAUCUUAGGGUGAUUUUUAUUUGCAAAUCAUUUUUCUUAAAACACAUUGUGUGGGAUACUAUAUAAGGUACAAAAUGUAAAAUAUACGUUAUGCUACCCAAAUUGCUAAAACAUGAAUAGACAAAUCUCAUCGUACAGCCUGUAGUAAUUUAAAGGGAAACAUCAGGUAUAAUACAUUAAAUGUAAGAUAUUAUAAAAUAAAGAAGUAUUAAAAUAACACUAUAGGGCCAGGAACACAAAUAUGUAUUCCUGACCCUAUAGUGUUAAAAACACAAUAUAGCCCCUCUUCCCCCUAAAUAAAGUACAAUUUUACCUUUAUUCCAAUCUGCUGGAACUAGCUUGCUCUGCCCCUGGUCUGCCUACUUGGAAGAAGUGAUGAUCUCAUCCAAUCACAAUGCUUUCCCAUAGGAAAGCAUCGGAUUGGCUGAAAUCAUCAAUUCUGAUGAUCUCAGCCAUGGUGGGGGGCUGAGGGUGGGACUAAACGCCACCCUUGCCAAUCAACACAAGCCAAACACAGACCUGGUCAAUGAGCCUCUCUUCAUAGAGAUGCAUUGAAUCAGUGAAUCUCUAUGAGGAAAGUUCAUUGUCUCCAUGCAGAGUGUCCCUUUAAAAAAAAUAAAAUAAAAAUACCUAUACUUGCUUCCAAUUUCUUGCAGUGAGCUCUUCUUAGCAUAGGGAGUAGCUAAUACCUGUCAGUUAAUACUGACCUUGCUUUCAAUAAGCGCUGAGCAUAUCCCAUAAAUGUGUACUUAGUAAGGGAUAUUGGUAUAUGUAGCUCAGUACUUGGCAGCUGUUCUAUUCAUCAGAAAAUAUCAAUGGAAUAGCUGUCAAAGCUGAUAGUUCCCUUCACUCUUAUGUGAAUGGCUCUAUGGCUGUGGCUGCAGCUUUGUCUCCUUCACAGACUAUGUGAGUGUUAAAGAAGGUUGGGGAUAUGUAUAUCCGCAUUUUGUACGCGUACAUGGACAGGCUGCUCCCUCCUUGAUGUAUUUGAGUGAGUUGUUAGGUUUAUCGCUACAAAUUGUAUCCACAAAUCACAGCUGUAAUAAGCAGUUGGGUGCCAUGACAGUGGGACAGGAGCCCUGUCUGCACCCUUACCAUCAUGUGAUAGCACUAUACAAUACUGGUGAUGUUUGCUGUUUUCAGAAAGUGCAAGCAGAGUUACCAUGUCUGACAAAGAUAGAAAAAACCGCCCUAUGCAACAAGAAGAUGAGUUUCGCAUUCAGAUGGAGUUGAAGCGCUAUUUAAAAAAGGAGACCAUGUCUGGAGGACCAUCUGCUGAACAUAGUUUCUAUGAAACAGACACUGCAAAAACUCCUUCUAGUCAUGGUAUGUUUAACAGUAUACAUAGAUUUUACAACCCUGUGUGAGUGAUGUUUGUGACUUAUAUUUUCAUAUUUUAGUGUUUUGGAAUGGGUGCAAAUUGAAUUUUUUUUUCAAAAGAGCAGACGUGAUGAGACAGAAUGUGAUAUGCCUUUUUAUCUUUGUCUUUUUAAUUCUCAUUUGGCUUUGUCAAAAUCUUAUGGAAAGAAAAUGAAAGUAUUUGUCAAUAGAAAAUACGGUGAGCCUCGUGAUAUUAGCUACAAGUUGUUCAUGAAUUGUCCCACAGAAUUUGAGAUCGCUGUUAAUUUAUUGCAGUUAUUGAAAAUUGCAAGUGAAUAAGAAAAUAAGAUCAUAUGAUGUGCUUCACUGUGUUGGGUUUAACCCACCUUAGUGCAGUGCACACUUGAAGGACUUGAAUAAAAUGUAUCUUGGUCAAUGGAGGAAAUUUAUCAAAGUGUUCUACUCAAAACAAAAAUGUGAAAAAAUGUCAAAGGGGCAGCCACAAAUGAAAUUCUCCACCUCUUUCCACUGGUUUCCAUGGAGAUUUCCCUAUAGACCAUUAUAAAGAACUGAACACUUUGACAAAGCUGCUUUGUGUUUUAAAAUCUGUUGCAAUUAUGAAGGCAGAAUUCUUUACUCAGGCACUGUAUCGUCACAGUGGAGCUCUAUUUGGAGGGGAACACAAUUUCUUGAUAUAUCAUUGUUGAAUACAUCUGUAUAAAGAUGAACAUAAAAUGCUUUUGUUAUGUUUGGGGGUGGGAGAGAUGGGGAAGGUCACAACAAAACACAUUAUAUUUGUAUCUUCAUGAAACCUUAAAGGGACACUGUAUGGACUACAUGCAAUACAUGUUGUUGUACCGAUUAUGACACAAGGAGUAUUUUUUUUUUUUUUUUUUGCAUGCUUUGCUAAGCUGUCUCCUGCACUCAAAGCCUUUCACUAUUGUCCAGCCUUGGAUAGCUUUGGACAGCUAAUGCAGAAGUAAAACUUCCACAUUAUCUGAGCUGAAGCAGAGGUUUUGUUAUCUGGUUGCAUGGAUAGUUUUAGACAGACUACCUAACACUUUUUUAUAAAUCAGAGAGGACACCAUUCUAUACCAUAACCACUACAAAAAUCUGUAGUGUUAUUGCUUUAUGUUAAUAAAGUUGUUUUUCUAGCUGUGCCUGUAACAAAUUGCACGGCAUGGGCACUAAACCUAUGGAAAAUUAUUUCUGGUGUCAGUUUUAUACUUGAAUAUCUAAAUUUAUACUCUAUCCAUUCAAAGGAUACUCCAUACCAAAAUACCCCAAAAAAUAAAAAAAAUGUAAAAAAAACACUAUUUAGUAGAUAUACACCUCUCCCUUCCUCCCCUACCCAAAAAAAAAACAUGCCUGCAUUUAAUUAUGCGUUUUCAUUGGGGUAUUUCUAAAACAGCUUGCAAAAACUGCAAGUCUCUUGUCUGCAGCCUUUGCAAGUCCUUUCCUUCUUCCUAACCCAGACUUUCUGUGUCUGUCCAAUCAAAGGCUUCUCAAUGCAUCUCAUAGAGAAUAUUUUCCAAAGUAGGUGCUCUGGGAAUUACCUGCCUCUUGAGUUUAGCUCCACUGAGCUAAACGACCAGGAAGUAACAUAACUGAUUGACAGCUAAAGGGGUGUAACAAGUUUAAAUUAUAAAGGUGCCAAUUUCUAUUAAAAUCCUCUUUUUUUUUUUUUUAAAUAAAAUAAGAAAAGAGGGACAUACUCUUCAAACAUAAAGCACUUCAGCAAGCUAAAUUGCUAUAGGUGUUUGGGGUGUUUCUUUAAUUAUCAUGUAAAUAAGUCAGUGUCUUCUUGUACAAUGGAUUUUAAUGUUCUUUAUUUAGAUUUAAAAAAAUGUAUGCCCACAUUUUGCAUUCAUUUAACCUUUUGAAUCUCACAAUGCACUGGUAAGUCAAUCUUAGCUGCAUGCAAUAUUAAGUGAAGUGCAGUUGAUCAAAGCGAGCAUAUAAAAUGAAAUGAAAGUUGCGGAAUAUGUUUAAUUUUCUUUUAAUUUAUCCAAGAAAUCCGAUAUUACAGGCAGGGUUGCUGGCAUGAAAUGAUCAUCUUUGUAUGUUUCUGGUUAGUGACCCGAUAGCCAUUCAGCAAACCUCUUCUAUAGAUUCCACUGGGUGCCAACGUCUAAAUCUGGUUUGGCGUAUUUUAUUUGCUGAACACAAAAUGUAUUUGGUGAAAUGUAGUUGUCAUUUAUAGUUAAAGCUAUUUCUCUUCCCACCUAGAUGAAGAAGUUUUCUUCUCAAUGGCAGAUAUGGACAUGUCUCACAGUCUCUCUUCUCUUCCCCCCCUUGGAGAUCCGCAGAGCGUGGAUUUAGACCUGUCUCUUACUAGCACCUACACCGAAUCUCCAGCAGGUUCUCCAGUGGGAUCUACUGGGGUAUGAUCACUUGUUUACAGCAAUUGUUAUUGAUAUUGUAGUGUUCUUCGUUCUUCUACUUUUCCAGUAACUGUAAAACAAGGAUGGCCAAAAGCUGUUGCAGAACUAAAACUCACACAAUGUUAAGGCUUGCAAAAGCUGGGAAUCUAACAUAUGGACAAUACGUCUUUAAAAUAGAUUAUUUCAUGAUUGCCAGAGGUUAUGAUCAUUUAUUGCGAAUACAUAUAUUGGGUUCCUAUAUUUAUCUAGUCAAAAGGUGAGAAUAAAUAUUAACUUCAUAUGACUGUGAAAGACACACUCUAAACAGAAGCAGGGCUCACAUGGCAUUCAUCCUGCUGCCGUAGAGAUAAGAAAUGUAAUUUCUCAUUGACCAUCCAUAUUGCAUAUAAUUGAUAGGCUGUAAGCACUGUCUGGGGCCCAGUCUAUCAAUUAAAGCCUAUCAAUGCCUGCCAGUAGUGUUUCUGGGUGACAAAGAUACUAGGGUCUCCAGCACAAGGGUAAAUUGUAUGGCCCACUUCAAUAUACUGACAUAAGCCCCCCACCAAACUCCCACCCUAUACUCCUGAGAAGUUCUUUGAAUCACAUUAUGACUUUAAAUCUUUGAAUAAGUACUAUGUAAACCUAUAUUUAUAAACCCUGAAAAUAUAAAUAUACAUUAAAUCUGCACCCACUGCAUUGAAAUCUUACCCCCACAACAAUACCCAAAACUCAAAACUAUACUGUAGAAUGAACAUCAAGAUGGUGCAUUAAGGUACCAUCACACAGUAUAUAAUUGGAGGUGUAUUUUCCCUCUCAGGGGACUCAGAGCUAACAAUCAAAGGGUGCCAAAAUCAGAAACUGGGCUUUUAAGGACCCCACUUGGGGCUUCAGCCAGGUCACUUGCCUAGCAACGCUUCUAAUGCCACCCAGAUUUGUAUGGAUAUGUAUGAAUAUUGCAGAGGUAAAACGUAUCUUGGCAGCAGCAGAGAGGUUGGACAUGAAGUGCAAUGAGUGUGUGUUUUUUUUCCUACUGCUACCAAAUGGUUUAAAAAAAAAAAUGGAUUGACUGCAUUCAAGGCAUCUUGCAAUCAUUUUUGUAAAUUCUUUCCUUUGCCACUGGUAGUCUGUAAAGAAAAAGCAUAUAGAGAAAAAAAUAAAAAUGUAAUUCACCCCCCCUCCCCCUCCCUCUCCCCUCCACAAAAUAAGAGUGUUUCAAUUUCUACUCUUCAUUUCCAAUGUUUUUACUGGCUUUGCCAAGUCUGAAAUUUUAAAUAUUUAAUAUAAAUAAAACAAAAAAGGUUCACAAAAAUCACAAACAAGUUACUACAAGAUAUGGUUGGUUUUCACUGUUUUAUUCAGUGGUGUAUUUCCAGAGAAGUGACAGUUUUCUUUUAUGAAACAUUUACCUUACAUUUUUAUCCUCUAUGGCGAGUACAGUGAUUUGCAUGCUUCCUUUCCCAAUGCUAAAUAUGACUUCCCACAAUGCGUAGCAAGCGGCCACAUUUGAAUAUUUUCUCUCUCUGCUAAUGUAGAUGUUGAGAUGUAAAAUGCUUUUCUAUUCCUGUGUAUGAAUUAAAAUUGUUUCCCCACAAGGUGCCACAUUGUAACCUUUGGCUUAUGGAUUAAUUUUUAUUAGGUAAAAUAGACUCCUUGCAGCGCAGCAGAGGUAUUUGUGAUUGAAAUAUGGAUUUUCUCUAAGCUUUUAAUGCUAGAGCUGACUUGCACAGAAUAAUAAUUUUGGGCUUUUUUUUUUUUUUUUUUGGCUGAUUAUCCUCCUGCAAGUCAACUUUUUAUAUAUGAAUUGCAUUUCAUGUACCAUGCAGAUACAAACCUGCAACCGCCCUUUAGCGCACUAAGUUCCACUGAGUAACAAUAUAUACAAAUUGACUGUUUGGAAAUUUAGUAAACCUUUCUAUAAGCAUCACCUGUAAUAGGGCCACUUCAAAGUUCCCUGUAAGAUAAAGUUGAAACUCACGAUGCUACAGAGGAGACUCAGAAGGGCAAGCUUGAUCUGACCAUAAUGUCUUAGCUUUACAGUGAUAAAAAGUGAUAGAUAUGACAGUACUCUAUUUUUCAGCAGUUUGAUUCUCAAUGUAUUAUUGCAGAUGAUACUGAAGGUUGUUUUGGUGGUUUUACUCAUAGAUCACACAUUUAGCUAGGAAGAGGGAAAAGGUAGACUAUUUUCUCAAUUCUUUGGUUAAGUGCAGUGCAUGGAUCAUGUGUGCUGUUUUUUUCUUGUAUUUUGUUGUAGAGUGAUUUUUGUUCUGUGUGCUGCAAUGUUGAUUUGUGUAUCUGUGAUAACUGUAAUGAGGAUAAAAAACUGUAUAUAAACCAUACCAUGCCACACCAGAGGCAGUGGAAACAGCUCAGCAAAGAAUUGACAGCACUGGCAACCAGACUGAGCAGAAACACUAAAGAAGCGGAGGCUAGAGAGAAACAAAUAAAUGCAGUUUGCCAAAAAAAAACAUCCAAGGUGUAUGCACAGCUGCAGGGUAACCACAAUAUCCACCCAAGACCCAGAUUCAAAGAGCCUUCAUCAAGAACUUGAUAUGCAACUGGAAAACAACUCUAGAAUCCAAUUCCAGGAUGAUAACACAAGUAAACAUCAAAUGUGACAUGUACCACGGUGAUGCACUAUCACCAAUACUGUUCUGCACAGACCUAAACCAUCUUGCCAGAUCACCAUGCAGAGUGGAUAUGGAUACAGGUUCAAGAAUGGAGCUACCAUCAACCAGUUACUCAGCAUGGACGACAUAAAGAUGUAUGCCAAGAGUGAGUGGGACAUUGAUUCACUGAUCCACCUAACUAGGAUAUACAUAAUAGGAGGUCGGGGCCUGAUGAAUGUCAAGGUCACAGUCCUGGAUAAAACACAGAGCAUCCGCAAGUACAUAAGGAAGACAGCUCUCAAAGAUGAACUGCCAAGAUAACAACAGAUGGAGAAGGUUCCAUGGCAAGACAAACAUCUCCAUGGGGUGUACCACUAGCAGAUAGUAGAUGGAAAAUUCAGAAAUGAAAGACAGUAGUGAGGCACUAAUCCUGGCAGUAUUGGAACAGGCACUGAGCACCACAUCAGUAGUAGCCAGGGUCUACUACACCAGACAGGACCAAAGGUGCAGAUUUGCAAAGAUGCCUCUGAGACAAUCCAGCACAUAGUAGAUAGGUGCAAGAUGUUAGAAGGGACAUCAUACUCUGAGAGGCACAACCAUGUUACUGGGAUUGUGCACCAAAAUAUCUGCACAGAAUAUGGGAUGGACCUGCCUAAGUCCAGAUGGAAGAUACCACAAAUGGUAGUUGAGAAUGAUAGUGCUAAGAUCCUGUGGGACUUUCAGAUCCAGACAGACAAGCAAUUAGUGACCAACCAACCUGGUAUUGUGGUGGUAGACAAGAAACGGAAGACUGCAGUGGUGGUGGAUGUGGCAAUACCAAGUGACCAUAACCUCAGGAUGAAGGAGCAUGAGAAGGUGGACAAAUAUCAAGGACUGAAAGAGGAGCUAGAAUGGAUGUGGAAAGUGAAGGCAGUUGUCCCAGUUGUGAAAGGAGAACUCAGGGCUGUGAACAAUAAGUUGAGGCAGUGGUUUCAGCAGAUUCCAGUUGGGACAUAUGAGAUCGCUGUUGAAAAGAGUGCCAUUCUUGAAACAGCUAAGAUAUUGUGCAGGCCUCUGGUAGACCCAAGAAUGAGGAAUACACAAAAAUAUACCACCCGGAGGGGUGAGAAAGUCCAAUCAUUUUAUAUAUGUUUAGAUGUUCACAUGUAUUCACUGUCUGUAUUUGUUAGAGAGUUGUUUUUCAUUUAAUGAUGUACAUAACAGUGUUUUAUAGAAUAUCUGACGAUGAAAAGUAAACCAGAACCCCAUUUUUUUUUUCUUAGCUGCUGCCGACUUGGGGUGAUUAUCAUGAUUCUGAUAAAGUAGGGGAACACUUAUCAAGAGGUGUUCCAUUGAGACCUUCCUUUGGUCAGCAGAGCACCAUACGGAGGACACGUGAGUAACAUACUGAUUGGCAUUUUAAUUAGUAGCUGUACUUAUAAUAUAGAAUACCAGGGCUGCUGAAGUCCAGCUUGAUGUUCAAUAUUUUGAUGAAUUAAUCUUCUCAUUGACAUUGAUUUACUUUUAACACAGGUUACUAACACCUGAGGAGACACUGUUGUAGAAAUACAGUCCAGCAGGUGGACGGCAUAAUGCCAUGUAACAAUAAAGGAUAAUUUAUAUCUGGUUAAAUGUGAAAGAUUUACAUGUCCAUUAUUUAGAACUUGGCCUAAAACCUUCCAUCACGUCAUCUACUUUGAUUUAAUGUUCAGUGUUCUAUGUUCUGUUCUUUUGUAGAGCUGCCUUCACGCUCCAUAUCUGUGGAUGAAUCCAGACCUGAACUGAUAUUCAGAAUGGUCUUGGGAUCUUUGUCAAUCUCUGUACUUCAUAUCGAUCCAUUGGCUCCAGCAGAAUCCACUUCAAGCCCCAACCCUCUCACUCUCAUGUCUUCUGAUUUCUUCAGUCACGUUGAAAAAGCUGAUCCACUAACGUUUGCAAAAGAUGACUUUGCCAGCUUCCGAAGUGUUUUUGCUCAAGCAUGUUCUCAUGACCACCUUAGGUAGAUGGAUUUAAAAACUCUUUAACUAUGUUGAAUUCAUGGAUGAUAAAAUAUUCCCUUUGCAUGAAAUGACAUUGAAUUUUUAUCUUUCUUUGAUUCCCCUUGACAGAUUUGUGGGUAUGGGAAUUAAAAUUUCCCAUGAGCAACGUCAGAGGUCUAGCUUGCGUAGUUUCAACACUGAUGUGUGUAUUGGACAAACCGAACUUCUAGAGUGCCUUUUCCCUGGUGAUUCUCAGACCAUUCCACCACAAUUCACAGAGGUAUAGAAAUUAUUGUACCUGUGCUAUCAACAUCAAACUAGUCUGCUAGAAACAGCAAAGCUUCCGCAUUCGGCAUAUUCAUAAAAUUGAGGUGGCUGGUGUUUAUGGGUUGGCUUAAGAACUACUGGAUCUAAAAUGACUGUCUAUGUAAAUUGUGACAGUAUUUUCUUUUAAUGCAUUAAAAAAAACUGCAGACAAAUUGAAUAAAACUAUUUAAAACAAAUAAAGUCAAUCCUCUUUUAAAGUGCCUUGCUUAUUUGGGUCUUCUGCAGCUGCUUAGGAACACCUGAUUUUGCUCUGAGAGGGCUAAUCUCACGAAUUAUAGAAAGAAAUAGUGUUUCCAGUUCCAAUCAUCACGUAGGAUGAGUUUAACUGCUGAAUGAAUCGAUAGCAGACUGCUGUGGUUUACUACCAGGAAAGUUGCAGACACAAUUGGGCCAAAAUUGACAUUGACAACUAGUACAAAUUGUUGACACUAUAAACUACUCUCACUAAUAAUGCAAAGUGCUUAUAUGGAUCCUUGGUGCAAUAAAAUUUCUUCAUCCAGUGAUAUUAUGAUGUCGAACAUUGCAAUGCACAUAGUUUAAAAUACGCUUUGUGUUUAUCCAGAUGUUUAAUUUUUUAAUUGUUUUGCUUUCCUCACUCUUUUUCAUUUUUCUCUCUUCUACAAAAAAGCUGCUAAAAUUUGAGAAUGAUAAAUCAACUGACUUGCCCUCCUCUCCAUCUAUUCAUCUUCAAUAUAAACAUUCAGAGACUAGAGGACCCCAGGUAAUGACAAUGUUUUAAUAGUAGGUUAUGAUAAUUGAAUGGUUGUGUUAUUUAAAAUGUGCUUGUGUUUACUAAUUCUCAUUGCUAUUUUGUGCUGCAUAAUCACACACUGUGAAGAGCUAUCACUUAAAGAAAAUACAAUGAGAAAGCACUUUAUGGAACUCUAUUGUACCUCUGCAUAGUAUUUUUUCCAUCAGUUACAGCAAAGACAAGUAUCCAAAGUAAUUAUCCAGCUGCCCAUCCCAUGUGAUAGGAAUCAGCAGCACAGAAACAGUUUGAUCUGUUAUACCAAUGGUGCCCAAAAGGUAGAUGUUUUUAAAACUACAACUUCCAUGAUGCUUUGUAAUUCUUAAAGCAUUCUGAAGGCAUGCAAAGCUUCAUGGGAGUUGUAGUUCUACAACAUAUGAGGAAUCUAUUUUUUGGGCGCCCCUGUUCAGGACUAUCAGAAAACAUAUGAAUAAAAUUACAAAUGCUUUCUAAGCCCUAAAACAUAGCUUUUAUCAGCUAUUUAAAUAGCCUUUGCAGCUAAUGAAGAUCCACCUACUUUUAGUCCAGUACUUAAUUCCAUGUUGGUGUUGGACAUUGUUCAGUCAAAUGCUUCUCACAAAGAAGCAUUAAGGACAAAUCUCCAGUCAAAAGCUUCUCAUAGAAAUUGGUUGUUUUACUGAAAUCUUGUGACUUGUAUCAUACUUUAGGGCUGUAUUAGAUCAAUGACAUUUUAAGUAUUUAAUUUUAUGUGUCCAUUUAAAUACUGUCUUGAUUAAUAAAGCUAAUAUGGGAUAGAGUUCUUAUCAGGCUCAGCCAACCACUGUAUGUGGUUGAUUUAAGUUAUUUUGUGCAUAAGCUGUUCAGUAAGUUGUUUUAACUUUUUUCUUUUUUACAUUACACCUAUUUUUUUUUUAAAACACACAGCAGCAUCAGCCAGAUUAUCACAGAGCACGAUAGGAUUUGUAGUCCUGCAUGGACAGACAAAUUGUUGCAAAUUUGAGGCAUGCAAUCCCAAGAGUAGAUGAUUUUUUUUUUUUCAUAUCCAACUGGGAAGGAAGAUAUUUAAAAGAGAGAGAGGGAGGAAGUAAGGUAGCAAGAAUUAAUUACAUGAAUAGUGUAGAAAAUGAAAUAUAACUUUUAUUACUUUUCAUUUGUUAUUUUAAAACACCUCACAAGCGGUCUCUUCGUACUCAAAAUUGUAUUAGGUAACGUCUGGUUGAUUACUAUAACUUCCUUCUACUUGUUCUUCUGCAACACUCUAUUAUUCCAUUUCAGCAAAUCCAAAAUGCUACUGCCUGCAAACACCUUAACAUGCCCCAUUCUGCUCUUGCUUGACACUCUUUAAAAGCUCAACUGGCUUCUGGUACACCAUCAGUCUCUCUUCAAAUGUCUUACUCUUAAGUGAGACAUCACCUUCCAUAACUUUGCUCCUCCCUACCCCUCCUCACUCAUCUUUUGCUACACUCCAAACUGUCCUCUCCACUCCCUCAACUCCAUCUCUCUUAUUCAACAUCUACAUCUAUCUAUUCUUUCACGAUUCUGCUUAAUCUCCCUCUUAGCCCCCUACUAUUGGAUCGCGUUCCCUCCUCACAUACAAUCUGCCAUCUCUCUUGACACAUUUAUUCACUGAAGCCUUUCAGGUCACUUCCUAAAACAAUCUCUCAAUCACCCCACACAGCUCAACAUGUCUGACCUUCUCAUCCUCCCAUUAUUCCUUUAUCCUCAACAGUGCAGCUUUCAUCCAAGCUUUUUUCUGUAACCUCCCCAGAAUUCCCAGAAAGAAACAUUUUUAAAUAGAAAAGUUGCAGAGAAAGGUUGUCUACACCAAAACCAUUUGAGUUGGACACGUGGUUAUGGUGCUUAGAGCAACCUUAUAAUUAACAAUUUUAUUCCUUGGUUCAGAAGCCUUUAAUUAUGUAUGCAACACCCCUUUUGUGCAUUUGGUUACACAAUACAUGAUAGUUUACUUCUGCCAAAUGCCUAAUAUUACCAACUGCUAAUAUUAAAGUGGUUGUGUCAAUUAAAUUUUAUUUUAGCAAACUCUAUUUUAAAGGGUUACUCCAAGUACCUUCCUGGCCUGAUCUGCAAGCUUGAGUGCUGAGCUGAUAAAUUGGUCCAAUUACUGGUGUCUAUAUCCGAAACUCGUUUUCCUGACACUAUAGCAUCCUUAGGAUCCCCCCCCAUCCCUCUGUUUACCCCUCUUUUGGCGCCGAAGAGGUUAAAUACCCUUCAGUUACUUACUUUAAUCCAGCGCCGUGCUUCCUCGGCGCUGGUGAUCUCUCUUCCCCCGCCGACGUCCGCUCCCGAGUGGAGCCGAAUACAAACAGUCCAUAGGAAAGCAUUUCUCAAUGAAACUCUGAAGGGUAAAUUUAGGUCACAUUUAAGGACACAGCCAACAAUAAAUUAAAAAAUAUACAAAGAAACAUAAAAUAAAAGAAGCAGGGUUUUGAUCAUUCUGUUCUCGAUCAUCUUUGAUCACUUUGUGUUGUAGAUUUUGCAUUUUUCUGCAUAGUGAUUUAAGGCUGAGAUGAGAGAUAUUUUAUUUAUAAAAUUAUUUUCAUUUUCAGGGUAGUUCAGGAAGACUAAGCUCUGUUCCACAGAGAUCAGAACUCCAAGUGAAACUGUCACCUGCGUCCUGCGAGUUGGAUAUUAGCAUUGUAGACAGAUUAAACUCACUGCUUCAGGCUCAGAAACUGGGCCCUGUGGAAAUGAUGACGUCACACCUGUACACCUCUUACAACAAGCAUAUCAGUCUGGUAAGUAGCAUAGAAACAGAUGGAAUGGAUAUACCUGCAUAAUAGAUGCAUGUAUUAUUUAAUGAUUAUGUAAUUUAGGGAGGUGGGGCACUUAGGUUAAAUAUACAGUCUCUUCUUUCCUACUGAGUGUAGGGUUAAAUAACAAUCCAGUUUCCUUUCCCCUUGCCUGCACUAAAAUCUCUUAAUAGUUAUAGAAAAUUGGCAGCACUCAAGGAUUAAUGCAAUAUCAAUAGUUGUGAUUCCUUUAGAAUACAAAGAGAAUGUGUAAAAUCAGAACCAUAAUUUAUUAUAAGGAUACAAUUACUAUCCAAAACCAUUAUAAUUUUUAACAGUGUCCUCAAAGUAAUCGAAAGUGAUUAGUUCACUGUUUACUGUAGAUUUUAAUAACAUUUUCUGCAACCUCCAAACAGGAUCCCAUUUCACCUGUAGGUUUUCACUCAAACUCACAGUACAAACGCCAAGAGAUCCAUGUAACACUACAUAGUAAACAAAACGAUAAAUUAUAAUAAUCAUAAAGGAGCAAAUUCAAUCUUCACAGUGUUUGAUUUCGAUGCUUAUUUCUAAGACUCAUAUCACCCAAUACAUUAAAAGCCUGUUACAGAGUAAUGAUAGUCUUUUAUUUUAAUGGCUGCACAGAGCUGGUUUGGGUACUGAUUCAGUCUUUCUCUGAUCUCACAGUGUUGUGUAGGUUGAUGAUCAAAUUUCAUUGGCUGUGCUAAAUAUAUUUUGAUGCUGAUUCAAUUUAUAGUUGAGCACACCUUGUUCUGUCUCAAUGCUUUACAUACCCCACAAGAAAUUGCACAGCAUCUGUUUUCCUCUUUACAGUCUGUAUAACUAUAUAAUCCCCUUAAAACUAAUGUGCAUUUAAAUCCUCCAAUCUCAUCAAUGAUUGGAAAUCUGAUCUAGGGCUGCCAACAGUGCUCAUAAAGCAAAGGCCAGGGAUGGAAUCACUCUAAAUACAGCCAAACUGGUUUCACACUCAAAGAAAACCAAGAUCAGCUCCUCAAAGAACAUUUUGGGAGUCUGUAAAUGAAUUGAAAAUAAUGUGCCCUCCAUGCACUUUAUAAAGAUUUAGCUGGAAUAAUGCAUUGUUUACAUUUGUUUUUCACAUCUGUAUUGCAGUUGCACUUCUAAGUAUGUAUUCUGGAAAAACUUGUUUAUUCCAGCCUAAGUUUUCCUCUUUUGCUCAUUCUCCAGCACAAAGCAUUUGCCGAAGUUUUUUUGGAUGAUUCUCGCUAUCCAGCCAGCACUCGUCUGUCCGUACUGAUCUCGGCACCUGCACUGAAUUUAGCUGUACGAUUCCCAAUUCCUGACCUCCGCUCAGACCUAGAGAGGGGCCCAUGGUUUAAAAAAUCUCUCCAGAAAGAAAUUCUGCACUUACAGGUCUCAGAUCUAGAGUUUAAAACUGAGAUCUUUGGCGGUUCUUCCCCAGAACAAAUUAAGCUGGAACUUAUCUUCAAAGAAUUGACAGGUAGCUUUACAAUGUAGAAUAUACUGCAUGUUACAUCAUAUUAGAAGGAAUUCUCAACUAUUCCUCUAUGCUGUUUUCAUUAGGAGCCUUCCAGGAAGAUACUGAUGAAUCACCCAUCAGGUUCCUUCAAGUAUGCAGAGUCCAGGAUGGAGAUAUGAUGACAUCUGACAAUUUUGAUUGGCCAAGGUUUAUAUUUAAUCUCAUAUUUGCAGUAAAAUGUCCAUUAUUAGUAUACUUUAUAAAAAUAACUGCUAGAUGUUGCUUUCAUCCUAAUUUGUUCCUUAAAAAAUAGUAAUGGUAGUUCAGGUAAAUCUUGCAGUUGGUAAAUGACUGGGUCGUUGGAGUAGGAUUUUUAAAGAAUAUUUUUUUGAGGACAUAGAUAGUCAUUGUUGUUUAUGUAAGUAAUAUUUUAUAUAGUAAAUAAUGCAACAUGGAAUGGGUUUAAAUCCACCAAGAAAUGGGGAGAAUGCUUAGCUUGUUGCAGGUCUUCAAUGCAACUGGAAAUGUAUAACACAAGUAUCAUCUAAGCCAUAAGUCCACAUAAAACACACAGUUUUUUUAAACUAAAGUAUGAAAUCAGUGAGUAUUCAAACUAUGCACCUCCCAUGUUGCCCAUAGGGAAACAUUAGGGGGCUAGUGUACAUGCGCGACUGUUGCUGUUCUGUGCCAAAACAACAUCUUCUCAAAUAAAUGCAUUGGGUAAAUACAUCAUUGUAGGGAGUGUUGUAAUGCAGAGCCUUAAGAUGUCAAUGUUGGUGCAUAAAAGAUUGCAGGACACACCAGGAAGGGCCUCUAGUGGUUGCCUAAGUGAAAAGCUACUAGAAAUGUCCUUAGAGACAAAUGUAGACACUGCCUUUUUUUAGGAAAAGUCAGUGUUUACAAUUGUCCGCUAAUACAACUUUAAUGCACUUGAAACCUUUUGACCUCAUUUAAUAUGCUGUAUGCAUGUUCAAAGCUUUAUAGUUUUUGCAUUAAAAAAAAAUAAAUAUAUUUUCCAGAUAAAUUUAAAAAAAACAAGUCCUGCGCUCACUCCCAUCACUCCCAUCACUCUUGGGUGGCAGCAACGACCACAGUACACAUCAGCCUCAAUAUAUACAGUAAAAACCAAAGAAAAAGUUACCUGCGCUCUCUCCUAAAUCCCUGUGUAUAUUUAAACAAAUGGAGGUCAUUUAGUUACUCCAAUGGCCAUUGAAGGGAAUGCCUGCCUGUCAACGUUAAGACAGACCCCCUUAGGUUGGUCCUACACUGACCUUUCACCCUGCUUCCUCCAUUUGUUUAAAUAUACAUAGGGAUUUAGGAGAGAGCGAAGGUAACUUUUUCUUUGGUUUAUACAGUAUGUAUUGGGGCUAAUGUGUACUGUGGUCGUUGCUGCCGCCCAGGAGUGAUGGGAGUGAGCACAGGACUUGUUUUUUUUUAUAUUUGUAUUAACUUUUUGUAUCACACAGCUAUGUUACAAUGCUGCCGCCCAUCCCAUGUGUUUCCUAUUAAGGGUUAAUAAGUAUAUAGGGGUGUAUAUAAAAAAUACCCAUCUUUUUCUCAUUAGAGAUAUCUUUGCCAGAGGCUCAAGCAAGCAAGGUGAAAGGUCAGGGGGUCUGCCUUGAGGUUGGCAGAUGGGCAUUCCCUCCAAUGGCCAUUGGAGUAACUAAAUGACCUCCAUUUGUUUAGAUGUACAUAGAUAUUUUGCAGAUAAGACUAUUUCCUUAGCCAAACCUCCUCUUGCCAGAAAGACCUCCUUAUGAAUUGUGUGCACCUUGAGUGAGCUGCUUUUAAUUCACAACUUAGCUGCCGACAGUCAGAGAAAAUAUAGCAGUGAUAUCCUUACAAUAUUUCUCCCUGGGCGUCCUCUCCUUCUAAUGCAGGUUGAUUUGUAGUUUAGAUCACUCAGUGCUAUCAGUGGCUGAGCUAUAUAUAUUAGUUUGAUAAGAAAGUAUUUUUCUGUAGUGAGGGUUCAUGGCUAUUUUUUUUUGUUGCAAAAAUUAUAAAGAUUUGAGCAUGCACAAAAUACAGUAUGUUAAUGAGGCAAAACCUAUCAAGUGCAUUGAUGUUGUGUUGGUGUUCGGAGUAACCUUUAAUGUAAUGGCUCUGGUGCUUAGAGUGUCCCUUUAAUGCUGAUGGAAGGCUGUAGAAAGAGAAUUAGUUACUAACAUCUGGUCUCCAGUUUUACUCUCAAAAACAACAUCUUUUAUUAUUAUUAUUAUUACUAUGUUAUUAUUUAUAUAACGCCAACAAAUUCCGCAGCGCUUUACAGUGGGAGGACGAACAAACAUGUAGUUGUAACCAGACAAGUUUGACACAGGAACAGAGGGAUGGAGGACCCUGCUCAAUGAGUUUACAUGCAUUACAUUACUUACAUUAUUAUUAGGCCUUCCUGCAUUGCAAAGUGGUAAAUUAUUUUGUAUUGGUGUAAAAUGUGACUCUUUAAACAUUAAGUGGGUGAUCGUGAUAUUUUUCCUUUUUUCCUUUAUAGAAUUGUGCUUAAAAUCAAUCCCGUAACUGUGCACUCUAUCUUGGAGCGCAUUGCACCCGAGGAGGAUGAUGAAGGUCAUUUUCAGGAAGAUGAAGAUGGUGCACCUCACUCCCUGAAAGAUGUCUGUGAUUUCAAACGCCCGGAGCCAUCUCCUUUUUCAUCUCGAAGAGUAAUGUUUGAAAAUGAGGAGGUAAUAAAAAUGUCUAGAUACUUUGUCUGCUUUGGAUAGAACAGAUGAAAUUAGUAUUGUGUGUUACCUUUUUUACUGGACUCUGGGUAGGAGCUUGUGAGGACACUAAAUCCUGCUGGUUUAGAAGUUGUAUUAGAGCUCCUUCCAGCCAUCUAUCAGCGAUUUCUGACUAUGGGUCCCCCAUCUGUAAUAAAAAAAAAUACCCCCACCCUUUGUCUAUGGGUAGAGGCUGGGAAUGGCAUUAUGUCCUCCCAUAUAUUUUAAUAAGAGCCUGCACCUGCUGACUGUAUCAGGGGAGGGGAAGGGGGCACUAAGUUCCCUCCAUUUAUUAGUUCAUCAGUUGGCUCCACCAUGGGGCGUAGAGGACACUAAGAUGUCCCCUCCUCCAUUUUUGAUGUAAUAGCUCUAAUACGCUGGCAACGGAAGGCGGCAUGAGCUGCAAUUGUUGACCAGUCGCUAGUCUCUUAUUACAGCAAGCAGCGACUGGAGGCACGCUGUUUAGCUGACAUGCCCUCAAUUUAUCGCUCUCCCACAGUCCCGAUCCAUGCUAUACAACAAGACUCAUAUCACAGUAACGUUCAUGUUAUUUAUUCUUAUUAAUAUAUGACGCUUUCUUCUCCCAGAUGGUAAUGCCUGGAGAUGCCAUAGAAAUGACUGAGUUCCAAGAGAAAGCAAUCAGCAAUUCUCAUUAUAUAUUAGAGCUGACCUUGCCUACUAUGUACCUAAUGCUUCCCAACAAAUCCUUCUAUGAAAAACUCUAUAACAGGUGAGUGGGCUUCAGAGUGCACAUACUUUAUGAGACCGACAGAAACCUAAUUUUUCUGUGCCUACGAUACCUACUGCUGCAUUAGAUGCUAGAAUAUUGAAUGGGUGUAAAAAUUAUGAUAGAAAUAUGUGGAACAAAAAAUCCAGGUAGAAAUGUCCAACCCAAUGUGUACACAUUUAGAACAAUGCAAAGAUUUAAUCAUGUGUUGUUCAGUUUGUGCACGAAUGGACCUGGUUCCUUUAAGUCUUUAAGUGUUAAUGGGUCUAUCGUAAGAUGACCAUAGACAAUUACUAUAUAAGCCCUGUUGCUCUUUUCAUUCAUCAUUAUUCCACCAUACAUGAAUGAAACUUGUCUCUUUUUAGAAUGGAAGUUUUCAUUGUCACUAGCACAAAAAUGGAAAUAAAUAGAUCUGGAACUCUAUUUACAAAGCAAACAUUGUUUAAUACAGUGAUAUUUUCCAAUGCUCUCGGGGAGGGAGCCUAGUUUUUUUAUUUAGAUGAAAGAUAUCAACAUGCAUCCCUUAGCAAAAUAAUCUUUUAAUAGGAUUUGGAAAAUUAAAGUGCACUUGUCAUGCAAAUAACAUGAGGUGGUAAAAUCUAGAGAAUUAUAUUUUAUGCACAUUUCACUAAAGAGACACUAUAGUGUCAGGAAUACAAAUGUGUGCCUGUGUUGCUGUUUAGGUACCUGGCGCCCCUUAGAUCAUUCUGAAAAGGUGAUUUUUUUUUUCAUUUUUAUAAUAUGAGCAGGCUAGGUUAGUUAUAUCAUUAAGCAUUAACAUUGAGUGAGGUUAUAAUGUAAGCAGGCUUAAUCAGUUAUGUCGUUAAAGCAUCAGCAUUACUAGUGCGUUUAUAUUGUAAACAGGCUUAGUUAGUUAUGUUAUUAAAGCAUCAGCAUCAAUGCUAAAGGCAUCAGAACAUGGUGCCAUUAAUGCCCAGGGGUGCUGAAGUAGGAAUUAUUUGUAUAAGGUCCUGCAGGCAGUCAAGCACGAUAGGCAUAAUAUGGCAAACAUACGAGAGCAUUAACUUUGCUUGGACGCCAUGGGUUUACUCACAUGGAUGCUGAGUAAAGUAAUACGUAUUAAUGUAAAGCAUUAUACUGUUUGAAAACGUGCAGGAUGAAAUUCACUAAAGUAAACUGAAAUAAAAUAACCACUGGGCUGCGCCCCCAUAACAAUUAGAACAGAGGGAUAAUCUAGGUUAGUAGAGCUGUUGUCUAUGGUAGAGCGGCAGAUCAAGUUGUCUCAAGCCCUUAAACUAAAGCUUGUCGCUAAGGGGCCUGCAUAAGGCUGUUUAACCGAUGCUUAACUGUGGCAGGCCGCCAACCUUGGAAGGCAUGAGUCCACUCUUACACAUGCUUGGGCACCACCAGUCCCAUGAGGAGAUGUGCUCCUGUGUCACGCUGGCAGGACAAAAGCCAUCCACAGGACCAGUGUCUCUCUGUGCUUGUGGUCGGUGUAGGCGAGUGUGUGUCAUGCCACUCUGCGGCCUGUGGGCCAGGACUCUGCCCCUGCUAGUGUGUCCCACAGAGGAACGACUGCAAGGUAUUGAGGUGGGUUUUAAAGUCGUUGUGUUGUCGGCGGGCCCCUCACGGGUCUUUCCCUUGCUUCUGCCUUUACAGUAUGCUGGGUAGGAGAUUUGUGAGCUGUGGGCUUGAGGGCCUCUCUUGUCAGGCCGAGGCUUAUGUAGGUUGUGCCGCACAGGAUGCCCGGGCUUUCGGCGACUUUGCAGUGUUUGAGGCACUUGCUUCCGCUUACCCACCUUUGGCACAAUGUCAGGAUUCUCAGGUUUUAUCAUAGCUUUGCCAUGCUGCAGGUACGGGUGGAGCGGUACUGCCGUAGCUGAUCUCUGUUUACUGCGCUGGAGUUGGGCAGGUGGGAUAGGAGUGUUGGAUCUGCUGGCUAUGCGAGUCCAAAAAAAAAAUCUCGGCAUAACUUUUCAAAUCUGGCUUCGAAGCCCUCUGCCCAGUCCAGGCUAUCUAGAUUUGCUUGUUGCCAUGAAGGCCUCUGCAUGGCGGCCAUCUUUAAUCCACCAUGCGGUCUGAGACUGUGCCGAUUGCUGGCUAUUUAGGUAAGUGGUGUGCCCAGUGGGGACUGGGAUAUCCCCCACCGGUCCAGAGGGGGGGGACAACGGGGUGUCUGUGGUUGUUCUUCAGGAUGCAUAGUCCCCAGCAGGAGAUCGGCCGCCUCUCCCAGCCGUCGUGCCCGCAGUCCUGGUAGGCCGCAAGGCCAGAAGUUAAAGUACGCUUUCAGGAACUGGUAAUUUGGGAUCCGCAAUAUCCCUGUCGUUUAAGGUGCUUGUCAAGCUAAGUUCUGAUCCUUCUGCCAGUUCUUGGUGUAGGUUUAGUCGAUUUAAAGUUUGUGCUGGCAGGAGCUCUCUGUAAACAUGUCUGGCCAACUAGCAGGUCAGGCCCCGCCCCCUCCUGAAAAGGUGAUUUUACUCAAAUUUUUACUGGUCUCGCAGAAGCUGGCUCCGCCUCUGUGGCUGAGAUCAGCAAUUUUGAUGAUCUCAGCCUAUCCAAUGCUUUACAAUAGUAAAGCAUUGGGAGGAUAUUGCACAUGUGCAGUAAAAUUCCACUCUGCGCCAAUCAGCAUCUCUUCACUUCAAUCCCUCAGUCCCCCAUGUGUCUCAUUUCCUCUCCUAUCUCCCCCAUGUGUAUUACCUGCCAGUGUAAGUUUUGAAGGCAAAUUUCGACUUACUUUUAGUCAUAGUCGUUUGACUAAAAAGCCAUUUCAGGUUUAGUCGUAUUUUAGUCAUCUGAAUUGUUUUAGUUUUAGUCGACUAAAAUUACACUGGUAGGUAAUUCUGUCAUCAGGUUGCUUUGCUGGAUCUGAUAUGUAUUUACAUUUACCUGUUCAUUUUGAGGGAAGACACCCGAAUGCCAACAUGAAUGAGAGUAGAGCAUUAUUUUAUUAAGAGUGGGUCCUUAAUGCAAAAGGGACUUUGUACUACUGUCACUAUCUAUUAGGGAGGAAGGUCUGUUACCCUGUUUAGUUCCCCUGUAUAAUAGAGUGCAAUGUGACUCACAAAUUCUGACCCAUGCCCACUAUUGUUGUGCUUUAAAAAAUAAAAAUGAUUGUCAAAGUUUUAGAAGAUUGCUAUCAGCAUGUAUGUUGUGUACAGAUAACCUUCUUCUCAUGUGUUUAACAUUUAACAUUGAUUUAUUUAAGAGUAAGCAAUGAUUUGUUGCUAUGGGAACCUACUGCUCCAUCUCCUGUGGAGACCUUUGAGAACCUGUCUUAUGGGAUCGGCCUUUCAGUCGCCAGCCAGCUAAUUAACACCUUUACAAAGGAUAGCAGUCACUUUAAAUCAGCAACUCAUUAUGGUGAGCUUUUAUAUAUGUUUUAAUUAUUAUUUAUUUGUUGAAAGCAUUAUUUACCACAUUUCUUAAAGAGUGGACGCCAGAGUGAUCCUCGUUUUUUGUCCAUCUGCUUGUUAACGGUUUGGCAAAAAUCUGGGGGAUUGCACUCAUAUAAUAUUUCCAAUAUCAACAGUACACUGAGCUAUUCCUUUAAAGGGACAUACAUCACUUGACAAUUAUUUCUUGUACAUACAAACACUUUUAUGCAAAUAUACAAAACAAAAUACAUAAAGAAAACAUUUACAAAGAAUGUAAUAAACGUUUAUAAAUGUACUAUAAUCAGGGCCGGAUUAACAUAGGGGCUGAUGGAGCUGCAGCUCCAGGCCCAGGCCCAUGGAAUAGGCCCAUUUAAAAAAAAAAAAGUUUUACUUUUUUUUUUUUUUUUUUUUUUACACACUACUCUUAGGCUUGCCACCUGACUGGUAUUUUAAUGGCACAGACGGUAUUUGAGGCUGCCUGGCCAUGCCGGUAUUGCAGUAAUACCGGCAAUACAAAUGCAGAUAAUUUUCUCAGAAUAAUUGACAAUUACUCUGCAAUACCAGCACCGGCCAGUAGGGGUCACUGUGUGUGGAGAGAGGCAGGGAUAGGAAGUAACAGCAUAUCCCUCCCUGCCUAUCUAUACUCACUGAUCCGUGGGGGAGCAGCUACACAGCACAGAGAGUCCAGACAGCAGCUCUACAGCUCAGGUAAGUGAGGGAUGGGGGGAAGGCAGCAGGGACACAUGGGGACACUGAGACACUAGGGGACAUAUGGGGACACUAGGGGGCAUAUGGGGACACAGACACUAGGGGACACAUGAUGACGCAUACACUAGGGGACACUGAGACACUAGGACACAGACACUGGGAGACCUGGGAACACUGAGACACUUGGGGACACUGGAAAACAUGGGGACACUGAGACACUAGGGGACACAGACACUUGGGGACAUAUGGGGACACAGACACUAGGGGACACAUGGGGACACUGUCACUAGGGGACACUGAGACACUUGGGGACACUGGAAAACAUGGGGACACAGACACUAGGGGACACAUGGGGAUGCUGAGACACAUGGGGACGUAGUGAGACAUAGGGACAUUGGGAGACAUUGGGACACGGAGACACUAUGUCCCCCAGCCAGUGUCCCUAGUUUCUCAGUGUCCCCAAGUCUCCCAGUGUCUGUGUCCCAUGCCUCUCAGUGUGCCUAGUGUCCCCAUGUGUCCCAGUGUCCUCAUGUCUAUGUCCACAACUGUCCCCAUGCCUCCCCAAGUGUCUGUCUCCCAGUGUCCCCUAGUCUCCCAGUGUCUGUGUCCCUAGUGUCUUAGUGUCCCCAAAUGUUUCAGUGUCUCCAUGUCUCCCAGUGUCUGUGUUCCUAGUGUCUCAGUGUGCCUGGUGUCCCCAUGUCUCCCAGUGUCCCUAUAUGUCCCAGUGUCCACAUGUCUAUGUCCACAACUGUUCCCAUGUCUCCCAGUGUCCCCAAGUGUCUGUCUCCCAGCCAGUCUCCCCUAGUCUCCCAGUGUCCCCUAGUCUCCCAGUGUCUGUGUUCCCAUGUCUGUGUCCCUAGUGUUUUAGUGUCCCCAAAUGUUUCAGUGUCCCCAUGUCUCCCAGUGUCUGUGUCCCUAGUGUCUCAGUGUCCCCAUUUCUCCCAGUGUCCCCAUGUCUCCCAGUGUCCCCGGGUCUCUCAGUGUCCCCAGCAUCCUAAUGACAUGGGGACACACUGAGACAUUGGGACACUGGGAGAAAUGGGGACACAGACACUGGGAGACUAGGGGACUGGGCGACAUGGGACACUGACACUGUGAUACAUAGGGACACUGAGACACUGGGUGACUUGCGAGACUGAGACACUGGGAGACACUGGGAGCAAUCCAUCUAUACAGCAGAAUCAAACUGUGAGUAGUUUGUUGGUGAUUUUACAGAAUUUUCUCUGAUGUCACUCCUUGUGAUUUACAUCAUGUGAUGUCACGCAUAACUAAUUAAUUAUACAAAUGAUUAAGGCUGGUAUUUUUUUCCAAGAAAGGUGACAACCUUAACUACUCUUCACAUACUCUUGCUUAAAGGAGCACUAUAGGGUCAGGAACACAAUCAUGUUUUUCUGACCCUAUUAUGUUAAAACCACCACCCUUGCCCCUUCUUGCCUCCCUAAAUAUAGUAAAAUAUUACUUGUAUUCAAUUCUGUAGCUGCUGGCUCAGAAGUGGUGGUCUGAGCAAAUUACAAUACUUCCCCAUAGGAUUGGCUGAGACUGUCAACUAGGCAGAUCAGGGGCAGAGCCAGCACAAGUCCAACAUAGCCCUGGCCAAUCAGCAUCUCCUCAUAAAGAUAAAUUCAAUCAAUGCAUCUCUAUGAGGAAAGUUCAGUGUCUGCAUGCAGAGGGUGGAGACACUGAAUGGCAGAACUGCCCCAGGAAGCACCUCUAGCAGCCAUCUAAGGAGCGGCCAGUGGAGUUAUUUUCUCUGAAAAGACAGUGUUUACUGCAAAAAGCCUGAAUGGAAUGAUUCUACUUACCAGAACAAAUACAAUAAGCUGUAGUUGUUCUGGUGACUAUAGUGUCCCUUUAAGUUUGGAAGCUUAAGAGGGAUGUAUUGGAAUAAAAAUUGUAUGCACUGGCUGACAUUAAAGUUAGUUUAGGUAAUGCAGACUUUGGUCUCUCUAACACUGUGGCAUGUUCCCUUUCUUCUACACUCACUACAUACAGCUUUUCUCUGUCCCAGACUAUAUACCAGGAACUUCUGCCUGCUAGUAAGUAGGUAAGGAGACAAGUGGACCAGUAAGUGCUAGGGGACAGUCCUUAGAAAGAAUGGAGUGAGCGCAUCAUUAGACGCAUUUAUGUCAAGCGCAAGGUGCUGCCUGCAUAGUAUGCCCUUAGUUGGACAGCCUGCAGGAUUGGCAGGCAGCCUGACAUGCAUUCAUGCCAGGCUGACCUUCCAAUUCUUUGGACAAACAUGCCCCUUUUUGGGCAUGUUCACCCCUUUUGGCAGGUCUUGUCACGUGAUUCGCGCCAGGCACACCCUUUUACCCCGCCCAUUGACUUCUUGCUUCACUGGACACUGCUGUUAGGGGUUAUGGAUUUACUUGAAAAAUGAAAGCAUAAAUUAGAGAGAGAUUAGCAUAGAGUAUGUGUUUUCUUAUAACUGCAUCCUAUGAGUUUCCAUCCAGCACCAUCUCCAUCAGAUACAUGACGCUUGGGAGGUAUGAUUGUUUUAGUGUUUUUGGUCAAUAAGAUUCUGUAAUUAGGCCCAUCAUAAUUGUCAGCACCAGGCUCACUGGGCUCUUAAUCCGGCCCUGACUAUAAUCUUGUUCAGAUUGCAUUACUGGGGACCCCUGUCAGCUAGGGGAGUUCCUUCAGCCUCUCCCCCCACGUUCCCUCUUACUUAACUAUCUCAGUUUCAGACCAGUCCACUAAUGACAGAAACAGGGCAUCAUUGUGCAGUAUCAGGAAAGAGAAACCUGACACUAGAAUAUGCUUUACUUAAUUAGACUGAUCAGACUCCUUCUACUCUUCCCCUGUCAGGAUGCUGCAAGGUGACGAGAUUUUCCACCUGCACGUAUGUGACUCUUUCAGGCAUGCCAAUGCAUUUUUCCAGAAUUCCUAGGGUUAGGACACUGAUUGGUUACAUUAGUGUCCACCCUGGCAUGGAUGUGGAAUGCAUAAGAAAGAAGAAGCAGAUACAUAUGCAAAAAAAAGCUUUCAGAGUGAGGCAACUGUCUCAUUCAAAGCUAAAGCCUUUGAGAUAGUUGUCUCAGAGUGAUGUGUGUCCCUUUUAAUGGAACUUGUAACCUAAGUUAUGGCAUGUAGACUAGCUUUCUAGCAUGUUGAAAUGUUUUAGGAUUUAAUCAUUAAACCAAAAAUUGGAGAAUUGCAAACUUUUGGUCAAAACUCACUAUUUCAUAAAUUGAAUGGAAAAACUACAGUACACAAAGAGUCAGUGCAUAUGAUUACCAUUACAUCCUGUGCGUGCUUACUGGACUCUUUAAAGUGGAUUUACUUUUUUCUUGUAUGCAUUAUCAAACGGAUGCAUUACAUUCAUAAUGCAUUAAGAUGUUUUCUGCUCCAUAGUAAGGCCUCUGAACCUUCUCCUUUGAUGUACACUUAUGUCAGGAAGCAGCUGGAAUGAUGUAGGAAAUAGCGCUGAUAUCCCAGUAGCAAAUUGGAGGCCUUACAGCACAAGCUGUGGGAUCUUAUGCCUGCUAUCUGCAGUCCCUGGGCAACCUCAGUAAAGAACACACAGCUAUACACUCACUGCUGCCUUCCUGACAAAAGUAAAGUAAUGUCAAAGGGAUGAGAAAAAUACUUGUGCUUGGAAAGUAUUCCUUUACUGUGUUAAAGUAGAGAUUGUAGCCGUAUUAGUCCAGUGAUGGAGAUGUAAAAAACAGAUGCAAUUUGUAUCUUGUAAUACCUUUUUUAUUGGACUAACAGAAAUUUUUAAUGACAAGCUUUUGGGAGAACCUCCCUUUCUUAGGAAUUGAGAAAGGGAGGUUCUCCUGAAAGCUUGUCAUUAAAAGGUCCAACAAAAAAGGUAUUACAAGAUACGAAUUAAAAACUGCUUUUUACCUUUACUGUGUUAAUAAAGACAUGUUUUGUUUCAGUAGAUGAGGAUAGUGGCUCUGAGGAAGAGCCUUUGCACUUUGAUCACAUUCUGGAUUCAAACUACCAUUGCCGAAGAAAGAAAAAAAUGGACUCUCAGAACAAACCAUCUCAGAGCUUCCUGUCUGUCCUCAUCAAUGUCAAUCGUGGCCUGGCCUCUUUGUUCACAGAUGUCAAGGUAAAAUGAUCUGCCAGUUUACAGCCCUGGUGCAAUGUAGUAGUUUUGUGUGAAGUGAAUUUGCAGGAUUUUUCUUUUUGUUAAUCUUCUUUGCCAAAUAUGGAACUAAUUUGCAAACUGGACAGAUGUUGUCAAUUUCAAUCCUCUAGUCCCUAACAGUACAAUAUCCAAUGAUCUUCUUAUAUGAUUUCAAAUCUUCAUUGUUCCAUGUGUGGUUGCAGGAGGACGUUUAAUUAACAUGUUGGUGUUGUGUAUAUUUAGGGCCAAUGCUGAGAAAUAUGCAAUCUUACACUUGCAAAAAAACAUAGUUUUUUUUUAGUUUUUUUUUUUAUGCCAUUAAAAAUUGUGGAACCACAUCAAUAUAAACACAUUAUACAUACUCCACCAUAAUAUUUUCAUUAUAUAAGUUAAAUAGAUUCCGAGCAGAUGAAAAGUAUUCUAUAAUGAGCAUGGAACAUUCCAUGAGUUCUCACUUAUUGUUCCUCAUGAGCAUCAGAAAUGGGACAAAUACUUUGUACUCUCUGCUUCUCUUGGCGUUCAAAUACUAUCAGGAGAGCUGGAGUACACUGGGCAAGGAGCUGCUCCCCCACUUUCCCUUAUCCUCCUGGUAUCCUAAUCCUAUCACAAGAGACAAAGCACACCUAUCAAAGUUUUGCUUCACCCCUUAGUUAAUCAUACAGUGACCAGAGGUGACUGAUCCACUUUCAUUUAGUGAGCUAACGGUUAAGUUCCUUGAUUAUAUAUGAUGUUAAAAAACAUAACUUGCAGUUUUUAGAAAAAGUCGACUGCUCUAAAGUUGAAUAGAAAUAAGAGUGAAUUAAUUUCUAGUAAAACUGUUUAAAAGGGCACUAUAGACACCAACACCACUACAUUUAGUGGUUUGGAUCUCUAGAUUAUUUCCCUUUUCUUUGGUAGAUGAAAACAUUGCAGUUUCUGCGAUUUCUGUGCAUGAACAUAGGCUGACAAUGCUUCUCUACGAGAAGCAUCUGAUUUGACCAGAGAUCAUCAAGCAUGACUUUCUUACCAUGGUGAAGCGAGGAGACUGUCUUGGUAUUGGAUUACAGGAUAUUUUUUAUUUUUUUUAAAUUCUUUAUUUUGUUCGUGCAGUUAUAACAGUACAGCAGGUCUCGCCACAACAGCGAUAAAAGACAUGUUAAUGAACAUAACAGAUAACAUUGCGACUGUAGGAUAGCACAUUUUAUAAAUUUUUAUAUUAGUGUAGUUAGGACUGUCAUGCGUGUAGUAAAAGAAAAGUGUUGCUUCUUAUAUCCUUUGAAAUUGAGGAUGCAUGUCAGAGAAGGUUGCCUGGAAGGGGUGUAGCCUGUAGUCUGUCCCCCAGGGGGAUGUAUUCUAGUCUGGAGAGUGUGUGUAGGGGGCUAACGAUCCCACUGAAAAGGUAGUGUUUUAUGUGGUAUCUUGUUAAGGGUCAGUGGGGGGGGGGGAGAUAAGGGCGUUUGGGGAGGUUCGCCAUCAUAACUGGGAAGAGUGCCUGUCAGGCAUAGUUAAAGCCCAUUUACCCGCCCGAAGCUAUAGGUCAUAAUAACCAUGAACAUAAAGCAAAAACUGUUAAGUCCUGUGCGGUUUGAAACAUAAAGCAAAAACUGUGAAGAGCAUAUAGCAAGAACUGUUAAGUCCUGUGCGGUUUGUAGUCCGCUGGGAGGUUUUCAGUGCCCCGGCUUAGGUGCAGGAUUCCCUCUGUGGGCCGCUGGUAUGAAUGGUGUGACCCUCUCUGGGUCCCAGAGUGUCGGUGCCGCUUGGGUCGCGGUCUCAGCGGCUGUCGCGGUCACUCCCAUUUGUAGCAGGAUGCUCGGUAUUUCAGAGGCCUCCCGGACUUUCACUAUUCCCGUUUCCCGGGUAAUGAGUAGGCAGCGAGGUGAACCCCAUUUGUAUGGUGUUUUGCUUGCCGCUAGCGCCUGAGUGAGUGGACGCAGGGAUCUGCGCCAUUCCAUGGUGGCCUUAGAUAAGUCCGGAUAGAAGGUGAGAUCGUGAUCCUCAAAUCGUAAUGGCGUUAUGUGGCGGACUGCCGCCAUAAAGGCUGUGCGGUCUUGCCCCUGUUGGAACCGGAGGAUUAUGUCUCUAGUUGGCCGUUGUAUUCCUGUAGCGGGUCCCGUUAUACGGUGCCAUCCGGCUAGUGUCAUAGCCUUGGCUUGUUUGGCGGAGAAAAGCUUAGUGAGCAGCCUGCGGAUGAAGUGUGGGAACUCUGCCAUCUCCAUGGUAUCAGGUAGGCCGCGGACCUUGACAUUCUUCCAUCUCCGCUUGUCCUCGAGAGCUGCCAUGUGUUCCUCGGAGCGUGUUUGGGAGUGAUGCAGUUUGGUCAACGACUGCUCCAGGGUCGCGAUGCGGGUCUCGUGUGCUUCUGUUGUGCGCCUGUUGUGCGCUCUGAGUUGUGGAGACGGGCCGCAAACCCGUUCACCUCCUCCCUGAACUGUCCUAUGUCGGCCGCGAUGUUGCGGCGAAGUUCAGCCAGCAUGCCCCGCAGGGACUCCUCCGUAACCGGAGGCUUGACCGGUAGUGUCUGCGGAGAGGUCUGCACCUUGUUGGGGAGCUGGGCCUCAAAGGGCGUCCCGUCGUACAGGGAUUCUUCGCUGGUAGUGCGUGAUGGGGCAUCCAUCACGCAUCCAUCACGACAUGACAGGCCUCUGUGAGGAGUGCGGCCUCCACAGCAGAUCGCCGAUAUCGGCCGUGGAUGGAGGUCGAUCUGGCUUGCAUUUCUUAUUUUUGCGUCCCAUGGUAUGUGGGAAGUCUCCGGCUGCAGAGGGUUCUGUUUGUUAGUCGUUAUUUUUGCUUGUUUUUGCCUUUUUGGUGCCGUUUUGCUCGGAGCUGCAGUAAUGUGCGUCUUGCUAGUAUGGCUGUUCGCUCCGCCCCCGGAUUACAGGAUAUUUUAAUGGUCUUUUUGGCUUUUAUUUUGUUAAUAAAGUGGAGGGCCCUACAUCUAAAACAAGUAAGGAGUACAUGUAACUUGAAAAUAAAUAUAUAACCAAUCAUUGUUGGUUUUUUUGUUGUUUAAUUCCAGCACGUCGAUGGAAAAAUCAUGGAAGACAAACAUGGUGAAUUCUGGCUUGAAUUUCGCAGUGGUUCAUUGUUUAGUGUUACUAAAUACGAAGGCUUUGAAGAUAAAAGCUACAUCUGUCUUCAUGCAAACAGUCUGAGCUUGUACCAUCAAGGUAAAUAGUUAUGCUUUGUGUACAACUGUUUUAAAGGAGGAAUUUUUCCACCUAUGUUGAAAGAGUUGAUUUAAAGGGUUAGUGUUGGUAAAAAAAAAGCACCCUAUUUUUUUUUUUUUUUACUAUUUAUGGCUGCUGUAAGUUUAUACACACUGGGCAACUGAAGAUCACUUGGUGACACAAAACCAUUCAGCAUCCCUGUGACAUUGCUACAGCCAAUGCUACAGUGGUAGCAUUCACUUUAUUAUUUUUUCUAGGUAUCCCCGCGUUGUUCAUCAUGUAUUGAUUGUUAGCAUUAAUCUGCUAUAUGUCAAGGUGUGCAUCCUUGGUCUCAAAUUCCAUUUGUGAUAACUGCCUUUUAAAGGAAUUGUCCUCUUUGUGGUAGUUUGGAUGAUGUUAUAGUUUAGGUUUCUGGAGCAAAGAGUGUUUUCCAUCUCUUAAAACAAGAGAUCUCUAGUUCAAGAACCAAGUAAACCUCUCCUAAUCAAUUUUUUAGUUUUUUGGUGAAAUACUUUUGAUUCAAUAUGUAGAUCCCUUUUAAAGAUGCGUGCCCCCCAUUUGAUAUCAGUCAGGGUGUUUUAGGGCUCACAAGACUCACCUUAGGAGUAGAGAUUGUCAAUCUGUGUUCUCAGGCUAGAUUCUGAACCUAUUAACAAAAUGAUUUUUGUUUAACAUAUCUGAAAGGUAGUACACUUUCAGCCAAUAUUUGAUAUUUGUACAGUUUUAUUUCUGCUUGCACAACAUUUUAUAGGAAAGGUCAACAGACAGUUGUUCUUAUUUAAAUACCUAUAUUUUAAUUUUGUGGGUGUUGGUACCAAAAGAUAAGACAUUUAUGCAAUGAACCUAUUAAUAAUAAUAUUGACAUUUAUACUUAUUACUUGUGCUUUUUUAAAAUUUUGAUAUAUAUUCAUAUGGUGACGUUACAUGAAAUUUGCACCGUUUGGCUGAAGAUGUCUCUCCUGGGACUUUAAGAUCCAAUUUUCCUGAGUUGAUUCCACUCUAAAAAUUCCAAUACUAAAUUUUUUUUUUUUAAAUUAAAACACGUACUAUUAUCUAACACCUUCUUCUUUAAUGUCACAGGGAUGCUGAAUGGUGUUGUGUCACCAAGUGAUCUUCGGUUGCCCAGCGUGAUCCGUCCCCUCUGGUUAGAGCCAACCAUCUACUCAUCUGAAGAAGAUGGGAUUGCAAGUCGUAAUGCCACUAAUGGAGUUGGAGUGGACACUCUGAGCAUGCUGACUGUAGCAGUUAAAAUCCAAUCCGAUAAAGCUGAAAGUAACACAAAGGUUGUUUCAUUGUUGUAAUUCAAUUAGAUUAACAAAAUCUAAAUUCAUAAAAUGUCAAAUCUGGAUUGCCAGGGGGUGAAGUAAAAAAAAAAAAAAAAGAUCUGCAUAUAUGUCCUUCUGCCUACUGCCUUAGGUAGCGCGUUAUGACAAUUGUGUAAACUAACGUAUCUAAUUUUACUUGUUCAUCUCAUCUUGCAAGGUAGAUACUGCAUUUGUUGUGGUUUGUAAGAAUACGUUAAGGGACCAUAGAUGUUUAUUAUGACCAUUGUCUUUUUAGUGGGUAUUCUUGGGCUAUGCAAUAAGGGACCCUGGAUGUUUAUUAUACCCAUUGUCUUUUUAGUGGUUAUCCUUGGGUUGUAUCCACAACAUUGACAGUCUUAUUCACCAAAGUGCAAAUCAUCAGGACUCAAGAUUAAAUGAUAAAUUUAAAGGACCACUGUACUUACUACUUCAUCUUAAUUAAGUGGUUUGGAUGCAGUAGCCCUGUCUUUUUGGUCCUGCAAUGUAAAACAUUUCUUUUUUGGAGAUACGGGAAUGUUUAGCAGGGCUAAGUACCCCUUUAUUGGCUGUCUUCCUUGCAACCACUAGAUGCUACAUCCGUACCUACAACCAAAUCAGCUUUUUUUUUUUGUAUUUAACGUCUGCAUUGCAUGAUGUUAUUCACUCCCUCUUUUGAUCAAGUGCACAUAACUUUAUCCUGUUUUACAUUGUGAUUUCCCCCUCAAUGUCUUCUAGGAAUUUCUUGUUGCCGUGGGAUUGCGUGGCGCCACUCUCCAGCACCGUGUCCUGCCAUCCGCUCUCACUUGGCAUGAGCAGGUAACACUGUUUCCAGUCUGACUCACUGUUUAAAGUAAUUUGUUUUCCUAUUAACAUAUUUAACAUAUGUCCUUUUUAUUCACUACAGAUUUUACAGUUUCUGAAUAUUUUGGAUGAGCCAGUUUUAGGGUACAAUCCACCAGCCUCCAUAACAACCUUUCAUGUUCACCUAUGGAAUUGUGCUCUGGAUUACAGGUAUUUGUGCUUGUGUAGCGCUCCCAUUAUUGUUUAUCCUCAGAUGGUUUGUAGUUGUAUAUACAUUCUUUUAGGAUUUUAUGGGAUAAGGUUCUACGUAAUAAUGUGUAAAUCCUGGUGUCCUACAUUUUUCUUGUGCGUUAUUUUGGCACCUGCGAUAAUCUAUUUGUUUAGAUGGAUAUGCUACUUUAUGGAUCUUCUCAAAUGGUCAACUUUUCUUCAUUAGUGCAAUUAGAUACUGUAAAAUUAUGUUUUUACAGAUUCUUAUGUGUGAAUACAGUGCCUGGUCACUCUUAAUGGAGCCCAACUUUGCUGAUGGGGUUAAAAACAAAAUCAUGGGGAAGAAAAGUGGUAACGAGUAUAAUAUAAUAAAAGAGAAAAUAGGCUGUUGGUGAAGUGAUAAUUAGAGGGGACAAUCGGGUAGAUGUAGGACGAGAUGAAAGAGAUAAUGAUAGUGGAUAAAGAGUGAUGGUGAUGGGGAAUGAUGAGAAAGAGAGUGAAUAUGGGGAAAUAACAUGGAAGGCAGUGCAAUGGAUCAGUUGGUUAUAGAAAUAAAUAAUGAGAGUGUAUGAGAUAUGAGACACAUGAUAGGACAAUGGUGAGAUGAUGAGAGGAGUGACAGAAUGUAGGGGUAGUAGAUAAUGAGACACAAAACAGAUGGUGAUGAGUGAGAUGAUGAGAGAGGGUAAAGUGUUUAGUAGCUUAUAUAAUGCUGCGAAAGGAACAUUGAUGGAGAUAGGUAAUGACAAGAAUGACAGUGUGGAGAUAUCGGGGAUACUCGGUUUGAUUAAUGAUGCGCCAUAACAGGUUACACACAUACCAUAUGUCUAUCUGUGUGAAAAAGUCAGUUCCCCUCGAACCUUUGUCACCUUACUCAAAUGGCUGAUGAUAUAAGCUGCUGUUAGUGUACAAAUUGAGGGCCAUUGCAAAUUCCCUGGACUAUAACCACUGCUGAGCUUUUAAAAAAAGAAAGAGAUUUAUUCAGAAAACUUUAAUUUCCUUUACUUUAUUUUAAUGACUAAUCCGUCCCAUUUUCUUUUCCAGGCCUCUAUUUUUACCCACCAGGGCUCUGUUGACUGUAGAAACUUUCAGUAUUUCUUGCAGCGUUGCACUGGACAAGUCUUCUACUAACCUCAGGUAAAUCAUAUUUAUUGAAAAACUUAAUAAUUCUCGUUGGUCUUCGUGUCUUGAUGCAAUGCUGCUUAUCACCAGCAGAUGUCAUAUAGACCACGAGCUAUGAAAUGUUCUCUCACACACUGAGAAGCAUGGUUGUUGUUUUUGCCAUCUACAGUUUUUAUUGAUUUUCCAGAAUAAAAAACAAGUGUGAAGCAUGCCAUUAUAUAGACUCCAUAGCAUAUUCCAAUCCUGAUAGUUUCAAGUAGAUCAUUUCAGGUUUAACAACAUAUUAAGAAAGGGAGAACUGUAGUCGCACCCCAAGUGGUCAGCUUGAAAUUUAGGAAGUUUGGUUGCAUAUUCUCUCAGCCAUGUAGUUAGUGUUCCAGUCACCUGCUAAUUGCUUUGUAAGUAAAGUUGGUAAAUGUCUAAUGGUGGGAAAAUAGUAGCAUUAACACAAUAAAGCCUUGUUCUGGUUUUAUUGUGCAAACCUUAAAGGGUUACUUUUAAUAAAAUACUAUUUCUGGUUAGAGUAACCUUUACUGGCAUGGUUCCCUUUUACCUCUCAAAGUAAAAUAACUAAAGUUAAAACUUAUCUAUACUUAGCAUCAAGACCAAGUUCCCCAAGCAGUGUGAUCUUCCUCCAGUGCCAUCACUCCCCUCUCAAUGGAGGAUGAGGGAUGUCUUAGAGGGAAGGCUUAGGCAGCAUUGCGGGGGGGGGGGGGCAGGUCAUCAUUGGUCGUCAGUCACCAGCAUUUUAUGCAAUGUGCACAGAAUUCACUUUAGCCAGUCUAGGCAAAAGGAAGAAGGAGAACCUAUAAGCUAAAUUAUAGGCAAUAGGAAGAAGGAGAGCCUAUAAGCUAAAUUAUUGGUAAUGACGAUAAGGAAUGAUAACAGAAAUGUAGUUGAGCAAUCUGCCCCAGACAGGUUAUUAGAUAUCAGGAAAACCUAUAAGUGAUAUUACAAGUAAAUAAAGAAAAGGAUAACCUAGUAAUGAAAUUAAAGAUUACAGUUAGACAAAAUACAACUAGACAGAACUAAACAGAAUAUAAAGGUUUGAAGUAAUACAGAUUAGUUAGACGUUUAGUGGAUUAACCUCUUUGGUUUGGAGGUAGUACUGCAGGUUUUAGAUAUAGUUGCAAAUAUCAUGAAUUUUUGUAAUAUCCAGGUUAGUUGCGUAGUUUUCGGUAGGUGUACAGUAGGUUAGAAACAAAGUAAUAAGGAAUCAAAAUCCAGUAUGGAAUUAAGCAGGUACAAAUUGUUGUAAUGAAACAGAAUAAAAGAAACAUAAUUUUUGCUGAUAGCAUCCUGUAAGACUCAUUCCUAGUAAGUUCUCUGCAGUGAUUUGUGCGCCUUUAGAAAAGGAAAGGAAAAGAGGGGUAGCAUCAUGAUACGUGAUGACAUAGAAGAUAAUGUACUAAGAUGCUGAUGAUGAAGCAAGAGCUUUUUCUUUUCACCUUAAAAAAAAUAAAAAAUAAAAUUUAAAAAUAAAAGACCAAAUGUACUGUAUUCAUUAAAUGUAAAUUUCAACACCUUCUGUUUGUGCAAAAUAGAUAUCUUACACCCCCCCAAAUAAAAACACACUCCUUAGUGGCAUAUUAAAAAGACAUGCUUGUGUUUCUUAAUAAAACAAGGAGCAUAUGAACAAUGCCCCUUGUUAGCAGAAAUUCAAAAGGUACUGUUUAAGCUGGUUAAUGUCUGCUCUCAAUAAUCCAUUGAAUACAUUUUUUUAGAUCUAUUAAAUAAAAUAGAUACAAUUAAGCAAAGUGCUCUUGGCUGGAGAUUUUAAUCGUAUAUUAGAUGCAAGUUUAGAUAGGAAAAAAAACUAGAAUGAGUGGGUUAAGAACAAAAACACUAGAUCUCAAUUAGCUCAUUUUCAGUGCAGUAUUAAAAGACUUGGCCUGUUGGAUAUAUGGCGUUUAUAUCACCCCGGGGUAAGAGAUUUUACAUGUUUUUCUACAUUUUUUUUUUUUUUAUAUUCAAGGAUUGAUUUAUUUCUGGGAAACAAGAUAAUGGCAAAUAGGGUCAACAGUGUUUUCUGAUUGAUGAAAUUAUGUGGUCAGACCACAAUGCUUUAAUUAUGGAUCUCUUACCGCAUAAUAAAAAAGCCAAACUGAGUGGCGCCUAAACGAUAAUAUUCUUUUAAAAAAAAGAAAAUAGAAAAUAUAUAUUAGAGAUGAUGGAAAAGAUGUAUCCCUGCCAGAAGUAUGGAGCGCCUAUAAAUGCAUUUUAAAAGUAUAUCUUUUCAAAUUGGGAACAAUCGCAAAAGCUAGAGGAGUCUCUCUCACUGAACUGUAAAUAAAUUGUUAUAAGCUCUCUAAAGAAAAUAAUCUUACCAAAUUAGGAGAAAAGUAUAAAACUAGUAUCAAGAUAAAGUAAAUGAGUUAUUAACCCCUGCAUGACACAUGACUGAAAUAUUCCAUCAUGAUUCCCUUUUAUUUCAAACGUACCUUUUUCCAGCACUGGGUGGAGAGCUCUCCCCCUUCGAUCCUCCUUCUCUCCUCCCCGUCGGCUGAAUGCGCACGCGCAGCAAGAGCUGUGUGUGCAUUCAGCCGGUCACAUAGGAAAGCAUUCAUAAUGCUUUCCUAUGGACGCUGGCGUGCUCUCACUGUGAUUUUCACAGUGAGAAGCACGCAAUUGCCUCUAGCGGCUGUCAAUAAGACAGCCGCUAGAGGAAAUAGGGGAAGGCUUAACCCUCUGAAACUGCUAUGUUUAUGAAAAAAUGGGUUAACCCUAGCUGGAACUGGCACCCAGACCACUUCAUUAAGCUGAAGUGGUCUGGGUGCCUAGAGUGGUCCUUUAAUAGAGGAAAAACAUAGGAAUCUCAAAUAUUUAAAAAUACAUUGGUAUUAUAAGAGUAAUGGAGCAGAUAGGCUACUCUCAAAUAAAUUAAAGAGCAGAAAAAUAAAAAAAUAUCUAUAGGAUUAGAACAGAAGGAGUUAUGCAUAACUCCAAAAAAAAAAAAUCUGAGUAGCCUUUAAUGAUUAUUACAAACAACUAUAUCAUUUGAACACAGAUAAAAAGAAACCUCCUUCUUUAGAAUAUUAUGUAAAUAGAAGAAUGCCAAAAGUAUCUAUGGAACUGUUGGAAACUCUUAGUACUCCUAUGACACAAGGAGAAAUAAAAUUAGCAAUAAAUAAAUUAAAAAUAAAUAUAGCACCAGGACCUGAUGGAUAUACAAACAGGUUUUAUAAAAUAUUUAGGGAUCUAUAGUCCAAACGUUUCUCCAGAGUGUUCAAUAAAAUAAUUAUCAAUCGCACUUCUCCUAAAGAAAUGUUACGUGCAAACAUCGAUCCCAUUCUGAACCCGGACAAAAACCCAGGAAUAUUAUCAAUUUACCGUCCCAUCUCCCUUCUAAAUGGAGAUGUUAAGAUCUAUGCCACUGUCCUUGCUAAGAGGCUGAAGAUAAGUAUCCCAGGAUUGAUACAAAAAGAUCAAGUUUGAUUUGUACCAGGCAGACUUGCUACUAGUGGACGAAGGCGGGUUAUGGAUACAUGCAAUGCGGCACAACUUAUGAACAUCCCCCAUCUGACCAUGACAUUGGGAGGGGAUUUGAGAUUGAGAUGGGAUUUUCUCGAUAAAACUCUGAUGGCAUUUUGAUAAAAUUUGGAUAAAUAAAAUAAAGUAAUAAAAGAAAUGCUGUAUUUUAUUUCAGGAUAAUUUUGGAUGAAGCCACUCUGCAUUUAUCGGAUAAGUGUAACGCCAUAGCUGUAAAUCUAAGCCGAGGUGAGUAAGCAGAGAUUAUAAAGUGAUGGAUGCAAGAUAAACUGGUUAUAAUUUCAGGUCUGAAAAAUUAUAUUGAGAGUGAUGUCAAGUAAGACCCAGCGUAAAUCUAGUCUCACACUAUGUAAUCCCAGAUUUGAUUUUAUCACUAUGAAGGAUAACAUUGUACUUAUCUCAUGCAAUAUUCAAUUCGUUUAUCAAGUUAUAAUUUAAUACUUGCAUUUCUAAUAGUGAAAAAUAAUGAUUAUGGCAGGGCUGUAGUAGCCAAUAAAUAAUACAUUUGCUGGCAAAGCAUCAUGGGAUUUAUAGUUCUGCAAAAACUGAUGAACUGCUUUUUGACAAUGCCUGAAAACAGGUCUUAAAAUGAGAUGGAUACUUUUUUGAUGCGAUUUCAUCUGAAAUAAUUUAUUUUCCAGAUUAUGUUCGAGUUGUGGACAUGGGACUCUUAGAGCUGACUAUACAAGCUGUAAAAAUUGGAGAAAAGGUGCCAUUUUAACUUAGUUGUGUAUUUUGUAAAAAAGUGGUUAUAUCUGCCUUGCCCAGUAAUUUAUUUUAAAAACAAUAUACAUUUUCCAGGCUCCAUGGGUCCUAGAGUAUAGAUAUAAGUCAUUUAUUCUAAAAACAAAACAAAAAAAACCUUCCGGUAUUUUAUUUAUUUAUUUUUUAAUUAUUAGAGCAGACCAGAGAGGUGCCUACCUGUAUAUAAGGGAUCAGUGACGGUUUCACAUUAGUUAUUUAAAUUGUAUGAAUUGGCUAUAUUCAACCAGUAAAUGCAGCUUACAUUUUCAGAAACGUAACUAACCAUCUUCAUCUCUAUAACUAAACGCUACAGACCUCAUUUCCUUUGUCCACGUUGCAUGGAAGCUUAGUACAAAGAUCUAAGCCAUGCAAGAACUCAUAACAUAGUUUUAUGCUAGUUACACGAUCUUUAUAUCGGCUUACAUUUUAGUCUCAGCCCUAAAGGUAUAACAUUUGUGGAAUACCAAGCAUCAUUAUUAUUAAAGUGAAGAAAAUCAUAAUGCUUAUAUAUAUAUAUAUAUAUAUAUAUUUUUUAUUUUUUUAUUUUUUUUUACUGUGUUUUUUUUUUUAUCAUUGAGAAGCUCCCAAAUUUAGGCCAUUUUAGCAGAGUGGGGAAAACAAUCUUCCAUCUAAGUAUAGCAGGAUAUUUUAUUCUGCAAUUCUUCUAUGUAUGUAAAUUUUGGCAGGUUGGUUUUCAACUCACCACAAUGCUUUGUUUAAUGAAUAAAUUCCAAUGUGUUUAUUCCUCAAUAUUUUAAAGGAACAGGCCAAACAUUAUAACCACUACAACACACUGUAGUGGUUAUGGUACCAGGAAGGCUUUGGCAUUAUCCUAGGUAAGAUGUCAAACCAUUUUCAAACAGUUUGGCACCUCAUCUGGGAUUUGCCAGGUGCCAGUCUCCUCCCCCAAAAAGCCAGAAGCCCUCUGCAUUGAGCUAGCCCAGCGGUGGACCCCACUUAAGUUGUCAAAUUAUUCGCAAAUGGCUUAUCUUCUUACCCUAGGAUAGUGACACCACAGCCACUAAAUUGGCUAAUUGAGAUGUUUAUCAAUGUUUAACCCAGAACUUCUAGAAGGCAAAUCCAUUCUUUACUGUCAUUGUACAGCUUUCUGAGCUUACUAGGAAACAUCUACAGUAACAAUGUACCCCCCACUCACCUAGACAUUAUUACUGAGGCUGCAGCAAUGUGUAUUGGAAUAUUAUUAAUUUGUAUCUAUGGAUUUUCAGACAAGAGGUUUUAACUCAUAACCCUCUUUGUCAACACUUUGUGAUCAUUGUCCUCUUUUGUUCUGUAAACUCCCUAAAGACUCAAAAAUAGAUAAAUCUAUCAUUUAAAAAUAUAGGUUAUAUGGCAAGAUUCUAUACAACUGCUGAUGAAACAAGUAGGAUAUCACUAUUCCUUGUUGGUAAAGGUCCAGAUUAUGAUAAUGAUAAGGAGCAUCACUGAUCUUUAAAGCAGAACUGUCUUUUUCCUGGAGGUAACUGUAUUAAUAAUCCUCAGCUCUCCACAAUAAUUUCCAAGAGUUUAUUUAACUAUAUAAUAAUAAUAACAACUAGUAUUUAUAUAGAGCCUUUCUCCCAGUGGGCCUCAAAGCGCUUUUCAGAGCACGCUCUCGGAAUUAACCAAAUCGGCAGCUGAAUAGUAAUAGAUGUUAUUUUUACCCAAUUGAUGGUACUCAUUUUAUUGACCUCGGAUGGAUGAAGGGCUGAGUUGACCCUGCCGGGAUUUGAACCUGUGACCUUGCAUUUUUGGGCAGGCUUGUAGUCAGGGAAUUUGCCAGCUUAUUGAUCAACAUUUCCUUAUCCCAAAGUGUCUCAAGCCUCAUGUUGUCAAAAAUAUCCUACUAUUUUGGAUACUUGAAGAAACUUCACUUGGAAAUCAUUGCAAAGUGCUGAGGACUAUGAUUACUGUUAACUAGUGAUGUCCUGAACGGCUCGCCGCGGACGGCGAACAUAUGCGCUGUUCGGUCCGCCACCUAUUCGUCAUCAUUGAGUAAACUUUGACCCUAUAUUUCACAGUCAGCAGACACAUUCCAGCCAAGCAGCAGCAGACCCUCCCUCCCAGGCCCUCCCACCUCCUGGACAGCUCACUAAGAAUGCAGCUUCACAAUGAAUGUAAAAUGGAUGCUGUCCAGGAGGUGGGAGGGUCUGGGAGGGAGAACCGUUCGGCGAACCAUUCGGGACAUCACUGCUGUUAACUAAACUGAAGCUCAGAACAGAAUCUUUAAACUGUGUGCACCCGCGUUCAGAUCUUGGGAAAUUUCCAUAGUGGGUGCCUGAUACUUGUCACAUUGUGACUUCCCUGAAAGUGACACAUCCUCAUUCUCUUACACUAGAAAUUAUAUUGAAGCAAUUUCUCUUGUUAGUAGCGAAGCAGAAGUGAGUUAAACACUUAAUAUUACAGCACUGCCACAUUCAAGGUUAAGCAGGUUUUCUGCAGAGUAAAUGUGUGCAAGCAAAUGCAUUUUACAUUCCUUCCAGGAUGCCAUAUGCAUACAUACAUAUUUAUGUAUGAAACAGUUGUUUGCUUUGGCUGUACCUUAGCAACAUAGUCAUACAGCUUAAAUAAAGGAGAAUUUUGAAAAAAAAGGGAUCCAUUAGUUGUGCAAUAAUAUUGUGUAACAAUUCCGCUUUAAGGGUCGAAGUGCCAGACGAGUAAGUUGUGAAUUGCUUUCUAACUUGUUUCUUUUAAAUAUGAUGUUUAUUAUAACUGGUUGGUUAUAUAGUUGCUAGCUGGUUCUAACAACUUUUCUCACUCCCUGGCAGUAUAAACCACGUUUUCAGAUGCAUUGUUCUAGUGAUGUCAUACAUAUUCGCACAUGUUCCGAUUCAUGCGCUGCCUUAAUGAACCUAAUCCAAUACAUUGCCAGCUAUGGUGAUCUAAACCCACCGAACAGGACAGAAACGUCUUCUGGGGUGCACAAAAAAAGUAAAAAGGUGGGUCAAGUAUUAUAGCUGCUGGUAAUUCACAUAUGAAUGAAUGCAUUAUUAGGAGGAAAAUAGCUCGCUAUUCACAAUAAAGGUUAUCACGUUACACUACAAAACACUUUUUCAUAAACAAACGCUUUUGAGAACAGAUUAUAAACAAAGAAAAAAAGGGGCUCUCCCCAUUCACUGAGAUCAACCCUAUUUAACCAGUUCGGUAAUGUAGAACCUACACUUCCGCAUUAUCAUCAGUUCUGUCCAACAUGGUAUUUUCCGGCGGAUAAGACGACUGGGCGUAUAAGACGACCCCCAACUUUUCCAGUUAAAAUAUAGAGUUUGGGAUAUACUCGCCGUAUAAGACUUCCCCUCUUCCAAUGCACACCAAAUAAAAAUUAGCCAUGAUGUACAGUGAGCAGACAGAGCUACACAGCAAGACAUUAAAUAAUGAUAUUCUGAAAUAGCAUUUAAAGCCCAGGUAUGUGCCAGGCUGUUUGGGCAUAUAAUCCAUGCCUGCUGGUCUAGCACACAGGCGGCUAAUUGCGAUAUAUUCUUUUUCCUCCCCCCCCAAUCCUCCCUACGUUCUUCUCAUCUCCCCUUCCCUGUGCAGAGUGGGUGGCCGAGCUCCUCUUUGUCCUGUCAGUCCGGCCGGGUACCGCACGGUACAGGAGAUUCAGUUACCUAUUCCCGACUGGACUGAAAGGAAGUGAGCACUCAGUGUGCACUUCCUUUCAGUCCGGCAGGGAACAGGUAACUGAAUCUCCUGUACCGUGCGGUACCGGGCCGGACUGACAGGACGAAGAGGAGCUCGGCCACCCACUCUGCACAGGGAAGGGGAGGUGAGAAAAGAGGCAGUGCGGCAGCCAUCUGAGCGCUCUCCAUAGAGCGCUCAGGCGGCUGCAGCACUAGAAGGGCCGGCGAUGGGGGCGCAGGGCGCCCCCGGCAGCUAUUUAGACCCUAUACCCGGCGUAUAAGACGACCCCCGACUUUGGAGAAGAUUUUCCAGGGUUAAAAAGUCAUCUUAUACGCCUGAAAAUACUGUAAGCACAGAACCAAAUUCUACAAUUCAAGUCCCCUAAAAAGAGGACGCAUUCUGUGUGCAAGGGAAAGCCCUAUUUUUGUGUUGGUGAUUGAUGGAGUGUACUCAAAGUGGGUUGGCCAAGCCUGUCGAUGAUAUCCAGAUUGGAUGAAAGUGACCAUAAUAAUGCAGCAUUUUAAAUUGACCUGUAGAGAUUUUAUUUCAGAGUGUCCUUUUAAAUACAGCUUAACGGAGGUGAUAUUUUUUUCAAGACAGGUUAUACAAAUCCUUCUUGUAUCUUUCUUAAUUAGAAACCUUUUAGCUUUGUGAGGCUAUGAAAUAAUCUUUAUAACAAAUAUUUAAUCCAGAUAUAUCUGGGGUUACAACAGGGAUAGCCGAAAGGUUGGUUCCCCAACUGUUACAGAACUACAAUUCCCAUGAUGCUUUGACAGCUGCAGUGUUGGCAAAACAUAAUGGGUGUAGUGGCUUUGAUAAAGCUGGAGUACUUCUUCAAGACUGCCCCUUUUCUACAACUUGUACUUAAAAGGGAGUUUUACCUUUUCUAAUAGUUGAUUUCCAUUUCAGGCACUCCAAUAAGUGCUAUUGAUGUGUGUACUGGAGUGAAUAGGAAAAGAAAUAAAUAUAUGAAAACACUUUUGCCUCCAUAGUAUUUCUUGGUGCUGGCACAACCAUCUUUAUAUAAUGCAAUAGACAACUUCUUGCACAGUGCACUCAUGCUUAUUAAUGUGGGUUUGAUUUACAUAGUAUGCCAGAGUGUGCCUUGACAUUCUUGCAUAUGAUGAAAAUUUAUAUAUAUACAUAUAUAAUACAUUUUUAAUUAUUAAAUAACCAAUCCUUUUCAUAAUUUCAUGAGUUUUACAGUUGUGUAAAUGUGAAAUAAAUUACCCUUCUCCAUUAAUGACUAAAUUCAAUGAGUGUGUUUGAAUGUUAAAUACAUACAUUAUUAGCCUACAUGAAUGUUCUGUCCAUUGCAGACUGAUAAAAGUGAUGGGUCCAGUUCUCAAGGUUCUGUGCUGGCUGAUGCAGAGCAGCAGAUAUUAAGUGACUUAAUGAGUGAUGCUAUGGAAGAUACAGACUUGCAGCAGGCUGGCUCUCCAAUGAACCUUCAAAUGAAUGGUAAAAAACAGUCACUUAGAUAUAUUUUAAAAAGUUAGCAUUUUAUUAGCUUGUUCUGUAGGAUGGUACCACUAGUUCAUAGUUAGAAACUCUUCUAUACCUUUAUUAACCUAAUUCCCACAUUAAAGGCAUUUUACCACCAACAUAAUUGACCAAGCCUUUCAAAUGUCUAAAAACAAGGGUGAGAAAAUGAGUGAGAAUGUGUGUGUGCUUGCACACUGCAUGCCUACUUGGGUAUUGUAUAGAAAAUAGUUUCAGCUCGUACCACCAUUAAAUAAUAAUUUUUUAUUUUUACCAAGUCGUGUUAGGCAUGACCGGUGCAUUUUAAAUAUAGAAUGAUCUCCAUAACUUAUUUAUCCCAUAAAAUUGCAGAUGUUGCAUCUGUCUGUCUUACUCCGUUCUUUAUCACCUCCUAUCCUUUGGCCUUGCUCACAUUACAUUACUUGCUCCUUAUUCUUUGUUUAAUUGUCUUCAUCCAACCGCAUUAAUUUCGGACUACGGCCUAUUGACAUCUCUGCAAAAAAAACAAACACACACACACGAACACACACACUGUAGUGUUUGCUAUUUGUCCUCCAUUUCUAUUUUAGUUACGUGAUAGAAUCAUUAUUUAUAUAUAAAGAAUUAAGCAUUCAGACCUAAGAUAAUGCUCUACAGAACAAGACUUUAAUGAGCAGUUAUGUGGGAAAACUCAUGAAUACAAUCCAUGUAAAGGAGUUUGUUGAGGUUGUUGUACAUUUAAUUUCUGUCUGUAUUUUAAUUAGUCACAUUUGCUUUAUUAAGGAAUUUCUGGGAUUAAAUCCGAAUCUUUAGAGCAGCCGUGCUCAGAUCUCUUCCUGUUUCCUGAUGAAAGCAGCACCAUGUCUGAAGAAUCCAGUCCUGCAUUUUCUGCCGCAACUCCCCACCUUCUAAGUGAAGCGAUAAUGGAUGCUCAUUCAGAAAGUGAUGACUUCUGUAUUCUUUAUGCACCUAAAGCAGCUGUUUUGGUGAGAAUUUUAAACGGCCCUCUUGGCCCUCGGGGAGAACAUAUUUUUGAAACAAGAAGUAUGAACAUACCAUUGAGUAAAUGGAAGUAAAUGAAAGGUUUUGCUUUCUCAGUAUGAUGAGAGCACAUGCAGAGAUCUUUCUGAACUUUUGUGAUAUUAGGCUCAUCACUCUUGGAAAGGCAGAGCACAAUCACAAACCAUUGCCCUUCUAGAUCCAUAGUUCUGGGUCUGCCCUUCAAGGGAGAUGUAAGAAUUGACAUCUUAAGGUUUAUAUUAAGGAAGGGGUAACCCUUAGAACUAUUAUCUGCUGCUACAGGUGUAAUAUUUCAGCAUGGUUGGGGGAAGCUGUGCCUCCUUUCUUGCUACCACAUAGAAAAAUGUUCUCCCUCUCAAGCCACAAGGCCAGUGAGCAGAUGACAGGCAGACCUAGUUGACGUUCAACUUGAACUGGCAACAGUAUUAAGACCCUAGAGCAUCAUCUAACCUAAGUGAACUUUAAUUUUUUUUUUCCCAUGUAGGAACACACUGGCUUAUUACCAUAUUUUCUUAUAGUAGAACUUUCGAGGAGUAUGGAGAUCCCUGACCAACCCUACUCUUCUACACAUAUUUUUGUUUUUUGUUAGCUGUCUUUUGCAUAAGAAGUACUGCAGUAGUGCUUGAGAAGUACACUUUUUUUAAUGCGAAGUUCACACUACAUUAUAUUAAAGAGACAAAUUGGUGUCUUAGCUCUUCCAUGAGUAACUACAGUGCUUCAUUUGUUUACACUUUAUUAGGGUUUUUGGACCAUUUUAUGCAGCUUCCGCUUGAUUCACAUUUAAUAGUUUGAGAAGCUUAGCAAUAAAAAAAAAUUAAAAAUUAUUUUUUUAAAUCUAAAAUAGCCCAGAGUGACCUCUCACAAGCCAAAAAAGCUGCGGAAUGUGAUAAGAGAGAGACAUUGAGUCUUUUUGUAUUUAGUCUUCCGUGAAUAUUCCUGUCCUCUGUCCUCCCUGUAAAGAGGGUUCAAAAUUUGAGUUUCACGCUGGAAAGGAAAAAUAAUGCACAGACAUUGCAUGACGUUUUGGAGAGUUACUUUGAUAGUCAUUCAGAUCAGAUCCCUGGUGCGGAGAUUCGAGGGGAGAUAUUGUCAGCUAGUGAUGUGUUUACCCAAGUGUAUUGCUCCUUCAUUUGGAAUACCAUUUUGCAAAAUGCUUACAUUCCAAAGUUGCAGGAUACUGUUAUGGCCUUCAUGUUCUAGUAGCAAGUCUGGUCUCUGAUCAUCUCAAGAUAUUUUUGUGCAGUUGUUAAUAACUUGCUUAGAGACCAACAGGGGCUCAGGCAUGGACAUAUUAGAUAAUUCUAUGUGUUUUUAUCUACCUCUGUAAGAGUUAAUCCAGGAAGUACUUGUGGGAGUUGGUCAGGAUUUGUACUGUUUGAGUGUGUUAUAGCUCUUCAAAUAGGAUGCAGUGAAUAGUGUGAUUGCUAAGGACUAUCUCUUCAUGUGCUGUCACUAUACAGAGUUAUCGGUGAAUAAAGAUCUUUUUAUGUCUAAUGUUUUGCCUCUAAAAUUCCUGUCUCAAAAGGAUAACUAAAAUCAUCAUAACAUUUCUUCCGAGGGCCUGUCAAAUCCAAAUUGCAUAAUCAAACAUGUAUUUGAAGUUUUUCAUUUCUAAGUUAAUGUUGGAUCUAUUUUUAUAUAAUGUGUUUACUUGUCAGAAAAAAGAUGAAGAGCCAUCUGUGAGGAAGUUGGUUGAAGAUAUAAUAUUAAUAAAAGAGAACCACUUCAGCUUCCCUACACAAAAGAUGGACAACAGUAAAGCCCCAGUCAAUUUUCCAAUACCCGUCAUCCGUUAUGUGGUUAAGGAGAUCUCAUUGGUUUGGCAUCUUUACGGGGGCAAAGAUUUUGGCCAUGGUUUUACUCCUGCUUCGCCGGCCAAAAAUUACAUGUAAGUAAUCUCCGUAACAGUGUCCAUCCAUUCACACACUCACGUUCUACUUCUCGUUAUUGUGUAGGCAUGCUAAGGACUGUACAAAUUCAAACAAAUUUUAAAUGUUUUCUGGCAUAAAUGGUGAUACUGUCAUAUGUAUGGUAGGCAAUAUUUUGUAAAUAGAUAGAUUAAAUAGGAGACCAGACAGUGAACACAUUAAUUAACUUUUAAAAAGAGUGUCUGUACACAUGAAUUAACUUUAAAAAAAAUGUUGGGCAAAGGCCAUGGCAUUUUAUUUUCAUAAGAAGGGCAUAGCAAAACUCUUAAUAAAAAUGUAAUGUAAAACCUCACUUUAAAACAUCACUAAACACUACAAAACAACACUGUGAAUAUCGGAGAGACUAAAGAUAAAGGGAUUGAGUAGGCCGCAGGUCUGUCCCAAGCAAAAUCCUCCAAACAUGAUCGGAUCUGCAGCUAGAGUAACUACACUUGAGCUCGCAAGGUUAAAGGAUAGCAUCUGUGUUUUUUUUUAAAUCAGUAGAUGCAGACAAUUCUGAAAAGAGAGAAAAAAAGCUUAAAUACCAGUUUUUCACACAGCUUUCAGGAGAUGCAACGGAGUAGGGCAGUCAGGCCCCACCCCUAAAAACGUUACUUUUAACUCUUCUUUACAGACUCUACUAGACUAUAGCCAGUGAGUCAUUUAAUAAUCUGACCACCCUAAUACAUAUAAACAAACAUCAAUCCUGUAUAACUUACAAACCACAAUUUUGCACCUCUUAUAAUAGCCAACAAAAGAGCAACCAUAAUAAAAGAAAAGUAAUUAAAAAUGUUAUAGCAAUUACCCCACUUUCAUUGUGCCAGUGAUACAAUGGAUCAUAUUCCAUUUUGUAAAGUUUCAGUAUGGGGAGAAUAUUGACCUGAGUUGGGGCAUAUUAUAUUUUAUUACCAAUGUUUGUUUCCUUCCCAAGGAGUCCCCACAGUUCACCAUCAAGCACCCCCACACGGCGUGGAAGUUCCUUAGUACGCGGGGGCCGUGGAAGGAAUCAUGAUCUUUUGAUGGAAAUACAGCUUACCAAGGUAAAAUGUAACUUCUGCUGUUUUGUCUGGAGCUUUCUGCUUCCUUAGACACGUAUUUAAAAAUGAGCUUGUGUUGAUGGGUUUAUUUCUAUAGAUAGCAUCUCAUUGAGAAAUAAAUACAUAAUAUAUUAUACAUUUCAUUUCUUUACCAGAGGUUAACUCAAUAGUCAUCUUCUCAUCAUGACUGUUUACAUCAUUUUGGGUUUGUUAUACUAAUGUAACACUCACUACCACUUCCAUGUAAUUUUCAAUAUUCUGCAUCUUGUAGCCUUCGAAGUCCUGCUUAGAAAAACUUCCCCAAGAAGCUGGCACCACGCUAUGAUACUCUUGUCCUAUAUUCCUAUAGUGAAGUGUAGUAGAUGCUCAUCAGAGGAAUAAUCACAGCAGCUGCAGAGCAUGGAGAGCCUAACUACCUUUAGGAGAGUGAUUCUACUUUCUUCUGUCAUUCUGCUCCUGGAAUACUCAUCUGUGCCAUAGGGAGGGAUUGUUUAUUUUUUUUCCUUUCUUUCUGUUGAAGUAUUGAAAAAUCUAAACAUUUUUUUUAGCAAUUUUGCACACCAGAUAGAUUAAAGUUUCCGCAAUCUUUUAAAAUAUGGUUACGUGUUCUAUGACAGGUUCACUUUAAUGUUGAUCUGCAUCACAGCUGCUGUAUAUCCGUUUCACAGAACACUCUGAGAGACCCGCAUUGGUCUUAUAAAUCCUUGGAUCUUUCAGCUAUCGGCUAUCAGCUGCAGAAAAAAAUAAUCACUUGGCUUUAUUUUUUACCUGACACUAUUAGCAGGUAGUUUUUCAUCUUAAUGUAGUCAUGGCCCACAAGAGCCAUAACAUGUGGGAUGAUAAGAACUUUCUGUCUCCAGUCCAGAGGAUCCUUAUCCCAUAUGUUGGCUCCUGCAAACCGUGACAAAACAGAUAAAAAGGAAUUUAGAAAAAAAAUUAGAGCAUUUUCUUAAAUUUUUGUAACUUAAGUAUAAUAGAGUCCCCCUCUCUAUUUUUAUUCUUUUAAUCAAGGUAAAUGAGAGUGAAUUUGAUAUGCAUUUGUAAUGCGAUGUAAGCCAGAUUCCAGAUUCAUACUUCAUGUAAGCCAGAUUCAUACUUUGCAAGAAUAAAUUUUUGUAAGUGCAACAUUUGAGCUUAAAGACCUAUAUGUUUAAUUGAUUCUCGUAGAGCGAUUUCAUCACACUUUCACUUUUUCUCGGCCUCUAUUUAUGGCUGAUUCACUAAGGAUAAUAUUCUCAGUAGAGAUAUAUCUGUACAGAUGCUUAAUGAGCAGACUUGGUGAGUCUCUUUAAUAAUUCAAGUGCAAAUAACAAUGUAAAUACUAGCCUAUAACCUACAGAUCUAUAUUCCCAGACACCGUGAGUAGAAAAUAUUGUGUGAAUAAUGACUCUGGGGAAAAAAAACAUUCUAUGGAUAAUUAUAAUUAUGCUAGUGAUGUUACCAAAGCCUGUGUCAUCUGCUACUGAUUAUGUAUCUUGCCAUUAUCCCCAAAUCCACUCCUUACUUUUAAGUCACACAAAGAAUUAACUUGUAUCUGCCCUGUGACCAUUAUAAUAAAUGACACAUACUUGAAUGAGUAAUUGUGCUCAUUAGUACAGUGUGAAGAAGAACAUGAUGGUAUUUUCACAGAUGAUCAAUGCUCAAAUUGUUUGUGAUCUCCGCUCACAGGUAAAGUUCCAGCAUGAAGUUUAUCCCCCAGGAGGAGCCUCUCACGAAUCUCAUGUGGCAGAACAACUAGUAUCACGGCAAGUGUUCAUAGUGCAGGAUCUGGAGAUCCGUGAUCGCCUGGCUUCCUCUCAAAUGAAUAAAUUCUUGCAUCUUUACAGUAGCAAGGAAAUGCCCCGAAAAGCUCACUCAAACAUGGUAAGUAUGUUUGUCUAUGUGCAAUGCUUAAAAAGCACCAGUAUGUUAAGGGCUACCUUAACCCCUUAAGGACCAAACUUCUGGAAUAAAAGGGAAUCAUGACAUGUCACACAUGUCAUGUGUCCUUAAGGGGUUAAAGGAACACUAUUGUGCCAGGAAAACAUACUAAUUUUCCUGGCACUAUAGUGCCCUGAGGGUGCCCCCACCCUCAGGGUCCCCCUCCCGCCUGGGCUCUGGAGAGAGGAAGGGGUUAAAAUCUUACCUUUCUCCAGCGCCAGGCGGGGAGCUCCUCCUCUCCUCCUUCCUAGCGACGUCAUGGGCUGAAUGCGCAUGCGCGGCAGGAGCCGCGCGCGCAUUCAGCCAGUUCAUAGGAAAGCAUUUAUAAUGCUUUCCUAUGGACGCUGGAGUCUUCUCACUGUGAUUUUCACAGUAAGAAGCACGCAAGCGCCUCUAGCGGCUGUCAAUGAGACAGCCACUAUAGGCUCUAGAGGCUGGAUUAACCCUCAGUGUAAACAUAGCAGUUUCUCUGAAACUGCUAUGUUUAUAAAAAAAAAGGGUUAACCCUAGCUGGACCAGGUACCCAGACCACUUCAUUAAGCUGAAGUAGUCUGCGUGCCUAUAGUGGUCCUUUAAUUAGUGGUUAUCCAAAGAUAAUCACUAAUCAUUAGUAUUGGGAAUAAAAAGGGUUGAUCUUAACUAGGUGGGCCAUGGCUCACGAAACGUGUAGAUAGGACACAGCUUUAGAGGUAAGAUUCCUGGAAGGACAGCUGGAGAUAUGAGACAUUUUUCAUUGAUAUUUGUGUGCCGAUUAGAGCACUUUGCUUGUGAGUACCUUAUUUUAAAUAAUUCUAAGUCCGUUUUCAUAAGUGGACCUAAAAUGUUCACGUUUUGCACUUAACUUUCAGAAAAUAUUGGAAUUUAAGAAGUGUCACUGAGAGGACUCUGUGUGUAGCAGCAUUUUGGGAUAUGCCAUUAAUAGUUUUAGGUCACAGAAACAAAAGUUGCAAGUGAAGCUUUGUAUAUACCGUACUUUGACAAGUAUAAGAAGCCAACCCCCCCCCUUUUUUUUUUAGCCCAAAAUAAGAAAUAAAUAUUUUAAACAUCAAAUAGAACAACAUUGAUAUUUUAGAGGUGACUUCUGAGGAGAACAACACACUUCUGAUUCUCAUGCCUCUCUGUGCUAUGGUACUCUGUGAAGUUAAUGGCUCCAUAGAGCAUGCUGGGAGACUACAGCUCCAACAAUACAGCAGGUGGUGUGAGGGCAUGCCUGGACAUCACAGCAGUAUUCCCUCUGUUCCCUGAUCCCCAUUUCAUCCCCUAUAAAUAUAAAUCAAAAAGCAUGACCUACCUGAGGUGAAGCAAACCUUAAUAUGGCUGCUCAUUUCAUGGUGUGACAUGUCUUUGGAGCUCCGUUGGUGGUAAGUGUUGGCGUCUGCUGCAGCUCCCACGCAUAUAGGGACCUCCUUGCCACAGCAUUCAGAAGCGGAUUGGCGGGAGGGAGAACAGGUAUGUGUGUGGGCUGUGGCACCGCUCACAAGUGAUUUGUUUUGUUUUUUGUUUUUUUUUAACCCCUGCAGUGACAUUCCGUGUAUAAGACGACCCCCAGUUUUAGACUAAAUUAAAAAAAAUAAAAAAAAAUAAAAAAAAACAGUCUUAUACACCGAAAAAUACGGUAUGUGUUUUAGGGAUUUGGAAUUUAAGUGGAUUAUUCACUACAUGUUUAAACAUUAGGAAAGAUACAAUCUUUUCAUUAAUUUAUACAACUCAUGUUAACAUUUGAGGAGUGUUCCUAUUUAGAAGUUAAAAGGUAGUGGAGAUCAUUGGUGCAGUGGAUAGAAGAAAUCUCUUUAAUUAUUCAUUCCAGUUAGAGUUCUUUAGCUUUAGUUUUCAGGCAGUUUCACAUAAAUCGUAGGGUUUUCUACAUGUUUGGUAGCAGGUAGAAGACAUUCCAGCUAUCGAUUCGUAAGAAUUACCUAGAAAUAUCAAAGUGAAACCUAAGAGUUUACAGAGAGAAAAUAAGCAAGAAAGUCGCCCUUGCACGAUGUGUAGGAGAGUGAUGCCUUCAAGCAAAAAUAACCAAGUACCACAUUUCUAGAAUUGUAUUUGAUAUAUUGUACUGGAUCCAGAUCAGCAAUGUCAAGAGCAGAGAAGCAGCUUUUAUACUAUCAGUCUGGGACUUAAUUAACUCUAAAUGGUAUCGCACAUAAUUAGGGCGAAGGACAAUGUGGUGUCACAGGUCUCUCCAAAUUGUGCUACUUUAAUUUAAAGAAUAGAGAAUACAGGCAUUGGAAAAAAGGAAUUUUUUUUAUUUUUUAUUUUACUUUGAAUUUCUUCCAAAACAAAAAAGUGCACGUGUUUUGACUUUUUUUUAAUUAUACCAUGUUAUAUAUAGAUUUAUUUUUUUUCUUCAAUCAAAGCUUAAAUGCUUUCAAGGAUGGCAUAAACCAUCCUUUGAUCCCAUAUAUAAAACUAGUACAGAGAUAAUAGCAUUUCCUCCUACAAGCAAAGUUUAAUGUACACGUAACAUUGUCUCCAAUCAGUUCUAUUAGUUUUAGAGCUAGAAACUUGAAGCGCUCUAGGUCCCCAGAUAUAUUUCUCCCGGAAGUAAGAACAGUACACAAGCAAUUUUGUAUCUACAUAGAGGGAACUGCUGAAGUAUCACAUUUAUUUAUAAGAAAGUGGUGCAUGAUCUGCAUGGAUUGUGGAUUUGCUUUUCGUACUUUGUAAUCUUUAACCUACAACCUUUUUUCAAGUUUCAGCACUUCAGACAUCCUUAAAUAAAAUUGUCCACAUUACACACAAAAACAAAGCUUUCUGCGCACUUCUUGUGUAGUGGAAACCACAGCUUCUGCUACUCCACAAAUGGUUUUUCUGAAGUCAUUAUCUGUUUUAAUUUUAAUCUGUUUGUUUUGUCACCCAUAUCUUGCAAUCGUGCAAGUUUCAGUUCCUUUUCCAUGUUUUAUGACAUUAUGGAUAAGGAGAAAUCAUUAUCAAAAGUGUGACUUUCACUAGAAACUGCAAGUGGUAUUAAUUUACUAACCUCACUGGAGACUCCACCAACCUCAUCCAUAUACUUGUUCGUUCCCCCACUACCCCGAGUCUGCCCCUCCAUCUUCCCUAGUGGAUUGAUGUUUUUGGUCUGUUUGCAGUACUCUAUUAUUAUUAUUACUAUUUUCUUUACCACUUUAACUGGUAACUUACUGGACAUUGAUUGUACACUGUGUUUAUUGUUUGCAUUUGACAGAAUAGAUACUUGGUUACAUGUGCAUAAAGCUCAAUAAAAUGAUUUGAAGAAUUAAAAAAGAUCGAAAAUUCUAGAAAGCUCAGGAUUGGCAAUCUUAAAAAAAAAAAAAAAACUUGGAAAAUCACAGUGCUGGAUGAGCAAAGAAAGUGUACAUUUGUUUAAAAUAAAUUAUCUGUGUCAAAUAAAGUACCAGAAUGAGAAGUUUUGAAUAGCCAAUACCACACUGGGGUUAUCACUUGAGGCAAACCACAUGUUAGUUCACAGAACAGUGUGGCUAAAAAUGUACAUUAAAAGCUAUAGUGUUUAAAAACAAAGUUCCUGUUGACAGAUUAGUAAAAGAUUAGCCUGUACCUAAGUGGUAGAUUGGUUUAUUCACCAAACCCAAGACUUUUGAAGAAUUAAGAAGGCUAUUAAAAAUUUUUUAGGCCCUAAUAGCAGCGUUGAAAGUACAACUUUUACUGUGAGCUGUCAACCCGCAAUUCCUUUUAAAAUUCUUCACGAUUCUCUGUUUAGCAAACAACCCUGUUUCUGAAAAAAAACCUCAUAGAUGCCAUGGGUUGGACAUAUUUGACUGCCAUCAAUUUUUCUAUGUCUACUGUGAGCUGUCAACCCGCAAUUCCUUUUCAAAUUCUUCACGAUUCUCUGUUUAGCAAACAACCCUGUUUCUGAAAAAAAACCUCAUAGAUGCUAUGGUGUGGACAUAUUUGACUGCCAUCAGAACUGGCUCACUAAUCCUUAUUGAGGACCUGACUGCAGAAGCUAGAGGAAUUCUCACAAGUUCAGAAACAUAAUUUAGACAGACCCAAGAAAUACCUGUUGAGUACUAAGGCCUCAAUGUAAUGUCAGCCAAUAGGUGCCAUCAACAGUUUUUCUGCUCCUUAUUAGCCAUUUAGCGGUUCAAAUUGUUUGAAUCCCCGCCAUUAAAGGCUUAUCGUAAUCUGAAAAAAAUUGUUCAGAAUAACAAAACUGAAAGCACUAUAAUGCUGCACUAGAGGGCGCCAGUUCUGAUGGUAGUCAUAUAUAAUGUUAAGAAUACAGAUAUUGAAAACAAUUCUCACCUCCAUGAUACCCAUUGGAAAUGGAUGAGACAGCUGCUAUCCUAAUCACCUCACCCAAAAAUGGCUGCUGUAUCAAUUAGGGUUGUCCACAGAUGCAUUGUUUGAGGCUUUAUAAUGCUUAGUCUAGUCUGAGGAGGUUAUAAAACUAGGAAUAUCAAAAUAGAUUGCACUGCGUAUACAUAAAAUGUCAUAGUUAUCUUUUAUACUUAACUUUUCAAUGACUAUAUGCAAAUCCCAGGCUAAACUAGCCAGGAUGUGAUUGUAUAGCCAAGUUAAAAAGAAAAUUCCAUACUGGCUAUUUUGCCUUCCAUUUUGCAAAAUUAACAAUACUGAUAAUAUAAGUACUUUUCUAAUAUGUGUGUGUGUGUGUGUGUGAUUAUUUUUCUUUCUUUUGUUAUAACUAGUGUUUAAUAAGGUUAUUUAUAUUUUCUAGCUCACUAUCAAAGCCUUACAUGUGCGUCCAGAAUCUUCACAUUCGCCACAAGAAUGUUGUCUGAGAGUAACGCUGAUGCCACUGCGCCUCAAUAUUGACCAGGUUUGUAAAAAUCAUGCAUUUGUGUGCAUACACAGAAUUCUGAUAAAAUAAUGGAAACACUGAAAAAGGAGUUUAAAGAAAAACUGUUACUUGGCUGAUUUUAACAUAAUGAAAUAGCUAACUACUGUCUUUAAAUUUUUUUAUUUUUUUUACUUAAAUUUUUUGCCAGAGGAGGUCAGACAAAGUAUGCAAAUUAACUCUUGCAGUGCUGUAUUCACAACGCAUGUGUGAACACUGCAUUGCUGGAGAAAAUUCCGAGCUUGUGUAUGGAACUUCAUCAUUAGAUGUCCAUGCUCGAGGCAUCAUGGCUGCAACAUGGAAGUACAUCGGAUAAAAGUUUUUUUUCACUUUCCUCCGCUCAGGGCCGUCUUUAAUAUUGAUUGGGCCCUGGUAAAGCAUUUGCUUGGGUCCCCUGGACCCACUCCGUGGAAUGCAAUCACGCCUUCAACUCCAAAACUGUGGUGGAACUAAAGUAGAAAGACCCUGGUGCAAGAAUUUCAUUGGUCCCCCAAUUGCAAGGUUGGAAAGAAGGUAGAACCCUAUCUGUCGUACAACUCCAACAAUGCUUUGACAGCUGGGGCUCUACCAAUAGCCCAUGCUUGCAGGCUUGUAUUUAGCACUGUGUUUGUGUGUUUGAAUGUAAGGAUGUUUUUGUAUGGAGUAUAUUUGUGUGAAUGUGUUUGUGUGUGGUGUUAGAGUUUGAAUGUAGGUGUGCAUUUAUGUGUAGUGCUGGUUUUUGAAUGUAGGGGUGUGUUUAUAUAUAAUUUUUGUGUUUAACACGGAGGUGUGUUUGUAUGAAGUGUUGACUUUCAAUGCAGGAGUGUGUUUGUAUGUAAUGUUGAAGUUUGAAUGUAGGGGUGUAUUUAAAUUUAAUGUUGGUGCUCAGAUGCUCAGGCACACAGGUACACACGCUGAUACACAUGCAGAUACGCACACAGACACAUACAGAUACACAGACAGAUACACUGAGACAUACUGACACACACAAAUACAUACAAUGAUAGACAUACUGAGACACACACUGACAUACUGUAACACAGGCAUAUACAAUGACAAACAUACUGACACACAGAUACAUAUACAGACUGACAUACUGACACACACACUGGCACAAACACUGAUAUACAUACUGACACACACACACAGGCACGUGUACAGACAUACUGACACACAGUAUGUAUAUCAGUGUAUGUGCCUGUGUGUGUGUCAGUAUGUUUGUAUAUGUGCAUGUGUGUGUCAGUAUGUCUAUCAGUGUAUGUGCCUGUGUGUGUUUGUGUCAGCGUAUGUAUCUGUGUGUCAGUAUGUUUGUCAUUGUAUGUGCCUCUGUGUUUGUCUGUAUAUGUGCAUGUGUGUAUGUGUCAGUAUGUAUAUCAGCGUAUGUGCCUGAAACAAACACACACACACACACACAUAUACAAACACACAGACACACUGAUAGACAUACUGACACACAGGCACAUACACUGGCAGGCAUACUUACACACACAGACACAUACACUGAUAGACAUACUGACACACACACAGACACUAAUAGACAUACUGACACACACACAGACACAUACACUGAUAGACAUAUUGACACACACACAUUGAGAAAUCUCAAUGUCUCUUUCCUGGUAAAAUAUUUUAUUUUACUGGUUAGUAUAGUGGUGAGUAUCCCCGCCUGUCACGCGGGAGACCGGGGUUCGAUUCCCUGACGGGGAGUGCUACUUUUUGGAGGAAAGACGAGACAGGGCGAUAUGAUAGAAACAUUUAAAUACAUAAAGGGAAUCAACACAGUCAAGGAGGAGACUAUAUUUAAAAGAAGAAAAACUACCACAACAAGAGGACAUAGUCUUAAAUUAGAGGGACAAAGGUUUAAAAAUAAUAUCCGGAAGUGUUACUUUACUGAGAGUGGAUGCAUGGAAUAGCCUUCCAGCUGAAGUGGUAGAGGUUAACACAGUAAAGGAGUUUAAGCAUGCAUGGGAUAGGCAUAAGGUUAUCCUAACUCUAAGAUAAGGCUAGGGACUAAUGAAAGUAUUUAGAAAAUUGGAGAGACUAGAUGGGCCGAAUGGUUCUUAUCUGACGUCACAUUCUAUGUUUCUAUAAAUAAAUAUACUGUCAGACAUACUGACACACACUCUCACACACACACACUCCCCGCGUUAAAGACGGCCCUGCCUCCGCUUCAUUUUUCAACCCAGUAAACGCUGAAAUAGUGUUCUGGGGUAAAUGAGCAAGAAAUGUCAAUUUCUACUCUUUACAUUUGACUAAAUUACAAUUACAAAUACAGAAACAGACAUGAGUAAUAUAAGGCUGAUUGUCAGUUCGUAAUAUGCGUCAAGUACUAUAAAAGCCAUCAGACAAGCCGCACUUUUACAUAGGACUUUUACAGUAACAUGAGGCAACUAACACUGGCUUCGAUUGCAUUCUAACUUUUUAUUGGUUCAAAACGAUUACCACUGCUAAAGACAGGAGUUGAUAAAUAUCAGUAUGAAUAAUAUUGAAUUUAGAAAUAUAUUAAAAACCGAUUCAUAUACUUGUAAUUUAAAAUAUCAGGUUUGGCAUUAAUUCUUUUAAUAUGGAACAUAAUCCUUAAUAAAUAUCUUUUAAAAUCUUAACUGUUUGAAAGAUGUCGAUUUAUUAUUAUUAUUUUUUUUUUUUACUAUUUUGCCAAAAUGACCACAAGAGGGGGAAUGUCUGCUAAAAAGUAGUGACUGGGAAGCUAUUAUAGCCCAGUUGAUAACAACAUACUCAGUUUGGGUCGGUGGUUCAGAUUACAGAAUGGGGGUGGACAGAUUAACAAUAUGAGUGGAAGGUGAUUUUGUGUCUCGACCAGUGGUGACGGGUGGGUGCUGACCAAUUGUUCCCCCAAGCACCCAACCAUAGGCGGCAGGUGGAAGCUCUAAUUUCAAUAACCCAGGGUGGGGGAGGGGUGGGGGGUGUAGGAACUAGUAUUUAAUAUUUAUACUUUUUAAUAUACCAAUUUAUUAUGUUGUGUAAUAUAUACUUUAAAUAUGUUUUACUGUACAGGGAGUGCAGAAUUAUUAGGCAAAUGAGUAUUUUGACCACAUCAUCCUCUUUAUGCAUGUUGUCUUACUCCAAGCUGUAUAGGCUCGAAAGCCUACUACCAAUUAAGCAUAUUAGGUGAUGUACAUCUCUGUAAUGAGAAGGGGUGUGGUCUAAUGACAUCAACACCCUAUAUCAUGUGUGCAUAAUUAUUAGGCAACUUCCUUUCCUUUGGCAAAAUGGGUCAAAGAAGGACUUGACAGGCUCAGAAAAGUCAAAAAUAGUGAGAUAUCUUGCAGAGGGAUGCAGCACUCUUAAAUUGCAAAGCUUCUGAAGCGUGAUCAUCGAACAAUCAAGCGUUUCAUUCAAAAUAGUCAACAGGGUCGCAAGAAGCAUGUGGAAAAACCAAGGCGCAAAAUAACUGCCCAUGAACUGAGAAAAGUCAAGCGUGCAGCUGCCACGAUGCCACUUGCCACCAGUUUGGCCAUAUUUCAGAGCUGCAACAUCACUGGAUUGCCCAAAAGCACAAGGUGUGCAAUACUCAGAGACAUGGCCAAGGUAAGAAAGGCUGAAAGACGACCACCACUGAACAAGACACACAAGCUGAAACGUCAAGACUGGGCCAAGAAAUAUCUCAAGACUGAUUUUUCUAAGGUUUAUGGACUGAUGAAAUGAGAGUGAGUCUUGAUGGGCCAGAUGGAUGGGCCCGUGGCUGGAUUGGUAAAGGGCAGAGAGCUCCAGUCCGACUCAGACGCCAGCAAGGUGGAGGUGGAGUACUGGUUUGGGCUGGUAUCAUCAAAGAUGAGCUUGUGGGGCCUUUUCGGGUUGAGGAUGGAGUCAAGCGCAACUCCCAGUCCUACUGCCAGUUCCUGGAAGACACCUUCUUCAAGCAGUGGUACAGGAAGAGGUCUGCAUCCUUCAAGAAAAACAUGAUUUUCAUGCAGGACAAUGCUCCAUCACACGCGUCCAAGUACUCCACAGCGUGGCUGGCAAGAAAGGGUAUAAAAGAAGAAAAUCUAAUGACAUGGCCUCCUUGUUCACUUGAUCUGAACCCCAUUGAGAACCUGUGGUCCAUCAUCAAAUGUGAGAUUUACAAGGAGGGAAAACAGUAGACCUCUCUGAACAGUGUCUGGGAGGCUGUGGUUGCUGCUGCACGCAAUGUUGAUGGUGAACAGAUCAAAACACUGACAGAAUCCAUGGAUGGCAGGCUUUUGAGUGUCCUUACAAAGAAAGGUGGCUAUAUUGGUCACUGAUUUGUUUUGUUUUGUUUUUGAAUGUCAGAAAUGUAUAUUUGUGAAUGUUGAGAUGUUAUAUUGGUUUCACUGGUAAUAAUAAAUAAUUGAAAUGGGUAUAUAUUUGUUUUUUGUUAAGUUGACUAAUAAUUAUGCACAGUAAUAGUCACCUGCACACACAGAUAUCCCCUAACAUAGCUAAAACUAAAAACAAACUAAAAACUACUUCCAAAAAUAUUCAGCUUUGAUAUUAAUGAGUUUUUUUGGGUUCAUUGAGAACAUGGUUGUUGUUCAAUAAUAAAAUUAAUCCUCAAAAAUACAACUUGCCUAAUAAUUCUGCACUCCCUGUAUAGAUUGUAUGUUUUAUUGUAACUUUGUUCAAAAAACAUUUAUCGUAAAAUAAAAUAAAAAAUUAACAAAUGAUAGGUGCAUACUACACAGAUAGUCCACCUAACAUCUGACUAUAUAUAUUUUUAUGGCUUCAAAAAUAUUGCAGAAAAGAUUAAUAAAUAAAAAUGUGUUUCUAAGUGCGUUGCAGAUGCUCCAAUCAGAAGCAUGUCAUUCUGGUUUAUAGGAACUGAUUUUAUUCCAUUAUACUUUGUCCUGCAGAGUUUUAUGGAAAAAAAUGUUAAUACACACAGAGCAGUUCCAAUCAUCACAUCGGAUGGUUGCAACUACCUGCACUACAUACUAUACUAUACUAUACUAUACUAUACUAUACUAUGUGUACUAUACUCUAUAGUAUAUUACAUGCACAAAUAGUGACAAAAUUGGCAUUUGCAGUGCGUAACUCUAUUCACUAUAUUCUAAGUAUUAGAUUGCCUGAUUGACAACUCAUGUGAGCAAUCUUUUUUUUCAUUUUUUUUACAAGCCUGUGGGAUCAGGGUGCUCUCAACACUUUCUAGUAACGCAAAAUGAUUAUGUUGUUUAUACUGAUCCUUUAAUAUUUUGGUGGUAGCAUCCCUUUCUUUGCUUACCUCUGUUGACAUAGAGAUACAAAUAAUGCGUAUUAUUGAGUGAACUGUAUAUGCCUAAUGUGCCUAGUAUAAAAAUAGACUAUCUUUUGAUGUGGACUUUUAUCUGCUCUCAUUUCCGCUGCAACAAAAUAUGAAUUGUAUGAAUGCCAAAUUUUUUUUUUUUUUUUUACAUAUGUCAUAGUAAUAUCAUAAGAUACAUUUUAUGUUUUGUCUAUUCCGCAGGAUGCCUUGUUUUUCCUGAAGGAUUUCUUUACAAGCCUUUCUGCAGAAGUUGAGAUGUUGGUUACGCCAGACCCUGAAGGUAACUUCUCCUUAAACAAGAUUUUCAGUUGCCGGACUCUGAUAAGACUCACUGAUAAAAAGAGCAAUCAUAGAGGUUUAUUAAAUAAUCAUCAAAUUAAUGAAUUGACUCUCCGAACUUCUAAAUUCAGGGAAAAUCUGCCAAGUUGGAAAAAUUUAUCAGUGUGAUUGUCAGUUCAUCUAAAUUUACUAUGUAGAAAAUAAAUCUGUUAUUCUUACUAUUUUCAUCAAAUUCUAAAUAAGUAACUUCUUUAUACAAAAAAAAGUGGUUCUGACAUAAAUUAAUAAAAUAUAUGAAUUGAUGUCAGCUGCAAAAAUAUUAAUUGCCUCAUGAUACUUUUCAUAGAACUCCCGCACAACUCUACAAAAUAACGCUAACUAAUGCUUUCCCUUGAGUAGCCCGACACGGCAUCAGCUGCCACUCGGUCCUUACAAUAGAGGACACGCAGUGGGGGGAAAGGUGCUCAUAUUAAGGCUCCCUUACCUCAUUUACUCAUGCGACCUGUUGCGGAUCGGGGUAGAGAGGCGGCCGCUCUCCAGAUCCAGCGGUGCCUUGGUGCUGAUAACGAUACAGGUUAUUGUGCUCCAACACCUAAAUUUAAAGGAACACUCUAAGCACCAAAGCCACUUUAACAGUUAUGAUGCCAGGAACUCUUACUAGAUUUAGCAGAAUUACAAAAUGACAAGCAAAUGAGAGAUCUGCUUUUUAUCAAGGUUGUGUCCCUGUUGAAAUCAAAUUCAAUGCUUGUUGAACAAAAUCCCAUUUUGUUGUCAUCUAUCACAAUGACAAAUGACAACUUAUAAUUCUAGUGUUUAUCAUGCCAAUUCAGUGACUGAAGUGACUUUCAUUUAUCUUUAUACAUUACCCAUGGUGUCUUUGCCCAGAUUCUAAAAGACUAUGUCAAUCAAAUGGCUGAAUAAAGUUAAUUUGCCAUUAAGGUCAAAAUGUUGCCAGGUCCAUUUAUUGAUGAUGGAAUAAAAACAUCUUCAAAUCUUUUUGGAGUUGCUGCCCCAUUUAAUUGGUCUUUGGAUUGUUCCUUGAAUUGUACUAUUUUGUGUAUUCUUUUAACAAUGUAUUUAGAGUUUGCAGUCAUAACUUUGUCUUUACCUUUCUCUGUGGUGUCAGUUGUUAGAUGUCAUGUUUGUAGCAUGAAAGUGUCUAGUAGUCACGUACCUUCGAAACAUAUAUUUUAUCCGUUAGCAACUUGUUGGCAAUAAUUACCAUCAACCAUGGAAAUUAGGCCUUGUUUUGAGAUAUGUCUCCUUAAUACCAUGUCAUUAUAUUUGCAGUAAAAAGAUCCCCAGGCUCCGAUGUGACUUGCAGCUUGCCAAAACAUCUUAGUUCUCAAGAACCCAAUCCAGUUAUUUCAUUUCUGGGUCAACCUCAGUGGGAUAACCAUGACCAGAUCAGUUUUCCAAACAAGGCGCAUGGUGAUGAGGCAGAAAUUCAGGAAGAGGUCGCGUCAUUUAGUGAUGAGCCAAUAUUUUUCCGGUAAGGAUCACAAUGCCAUUUUAAUUGAGUUUACUUAUCUGCUAUUUUUUAUGAGUGUAUAUUCACGUUAAGUGUACUGUCUCCUCGUUAUACUCUGUAACAAACAUUUCUGCAUUCAGAUGUUAGAAAUCAGUUGUACAAAGGACUGUCAUUCUUGGGCAAUGAUCAGGAGAACAGAAAAAUCCUAAUAAGAUCAGCAUUCCAAGUUGAGACACAGGGAGAUGCUUUUUGAGAUGAGAAGGACCUAAAUCUCAGAACUAAUGUACUGUCAUGGGCAAGGCACACCAUACAGAAAUUUCUUUGUGAUCAUUGUUGCCACUCAAGGAAGUUAAUAUGUUUAAUCCACUGCUAUAUUGACUUACUUUACUUAAUUCAUUCAAUAAGUUUAAUAAAAAAAGGACCUAUAUUCUGAAAUCUUUGAUUAUAUGUUCACAGACAUGUCUUCAGUAUGUAUAUCCUGUGUCUGUGGACCCCCCUUUUUUUUUUUUUUGUGCAUUUAAUAAAGUGCACAAAUGAUGCAGAUCCUGGAGGCAUAAUCUGCCAGGGCUGGAGACUACAAUAUCUUUUGUUCCUUUGAGCAUAUUUCCCCUUUUUCCAUUCAGAAUCACUAUACAUACAUGUCAUUAUGCAAAUACAACACAAACAUCAAGAGACAAAGUUGCUAAGAAGGCAUGUCCAUCCUCGCGAAAUUAGAAUAAUUUUUUCCUUGAUCAUCUAAUUAAUAGUUUCUUAUGUACCUGUAUAUUAUGUAGGAAUAUUACACAAAAAUCUGCAAUGCAGUUUUCCUGAAAAGAAUGUUUAACAUCUUAAGAACCUAAUUAUAUUCCUUGCUGUCCUCGCAAUCUGGUCCUUAAAUGCCAGAACGAGGUGUCCUGCUUAUUUUGUAUUUGUAGAUCUCUUUACUAACUGUCACAGUUAAAUGAGUGCAACAUUCGAAUAUAGGAUCUUUAAAGGCCUCUUAGAUAUGAAGGAAUUAUUACAACAUUGAUCCGUAAAAAGUUAACACAUCACAACAUGAAAAAAAAAGUACAAUGUUGUAGAUUUAGAUUUGAUCGUUCCUGUGCCUGGUAGUAUUGGCUAUUUUUUUUUCUAUACUGUAAGAUUUGUGAGUAUAUGUUUGCUGGGUUAUCCAGAUGCAUUUUAACAUAUUAUUUAUCUUUCUUAUUAGUGAAUUUCGGUUUACCGCUGAAGUCCCAAUAAGGCUGGAUUAUCAUGGAAAACAUGUAUCGAUGGACCAGGUGGGUACUCAUUAACCUAUAAUAUAUAAUAAAAGUCUAUUCACCCCACCCUUAUAUGCUCAGCAUAGUAAUGGGAGUCUAUUGAACUUUUCCUGACCAUUAAACACUUACAGGGUUAUUCACUUCUAAUUUUUGAAAGUUAAAUCCAAAUGGCAAAAUUGAGGUAAAAAUAGCCAAGUUGUGAGCUGAGUUCAUCUACUUUUGAUUCACUUUUUCCAUUUGGAUUUAAUUUGUGAAAAAUCUGAGUUUAAUGAAUAACCCUGCUAGCAUUCAUAAUGGGACUCUAAUCUACCCCUCUCCAAAAUAUACAAUAUUUUACAAGAAAAACGCUGUGUUUGAAUUGGCAUAUCAUUGCCUGAAAUUUAAAAAAAAAGAAAGUUAUGAGGAAAAAAUAGCAUUCAGUUAUAGCUCGAUUGCUGAUUAUUUAUGUUAAAAAUAAAAAUUUUAAAUAAAUCACUAUUCUCAGGAAAUUCAUUUUCCUCCCUAAUUGCACUUUGGUUAAUUUUCUUUACACUGAAGUGAAGUCCUACUAAAAGCCUCAAAGAAGCAUAAAGUACUGAGAAAUGUAUUGAACAGAAGUAUACGACUAAAAUAUAACUACAGUACUUACUUUAUCCCCCUCUCCUGUUUUGUAACCUGUACAGUUCAAAGGACACCUGUUAUUGCUAUAUAAAUAAAGUAUACUUACUUACUCUACCUCUCUUUAUAUAUACAGUGAAUAUCUACUGUUAUCUAAUCUACGACAUGAAUAUUGUGACGUUUACAUCCAGUAUUAUUUUUUUUUUUUUUGUUAAGUACAAAUUCUCACACCCCCCAAUAUUUUGUAUUUUAUUUUUAAGGGAACAUUUACUGGAAUUCUCAUUGGUCUUGCUCAACUGAACAGCUCCGAGCUAAAACUGAAGAGGCUCUGCUAUCGGCAUGGGUAACUGAGUUGCUUCAUUCUCAUGACUAACUUUAAUCUAUAAAAUGCAGAUGUAGUCUGUAAACAAGGUCACAUUCUGUUGCAGUCACAGUCAGGCAAAGAUCAAAUAUUUUUAGCGUUUUUCUUCUUGAAGCACCUUGUCAAUCUUUAAUAUUCUAGUUUUUUUCAGUAUCCCUAUUAGUAACAAAUUUGGGACUGCCUAAAUGUUGAACUGUUAGUGUGUCUUAAGAAAUUGGUUUAGAACCAUUGCUCUAGUGCCUAGUCACCACCAAUGGUUCUUUAGAGAUGGGUGGAUAUAGGUAUCAUACAAAUGGGAUAGGUUUUAUACAAGUAUUAAUGUAGUUGUUCUUGUGAGUAUAAUCAUUGCCUUCAUUUGCAUGCAAACACUGCCUUUUCAGAAAAGGCAGUGUUUACAUUGCCCCUAGGGACACUUCCAAGUGGCUACUCCUCAGAUGACCACUGGAGGUGCUUCCUGGGGCAGUGCUGCACAGUAGGCAGCACCGACGUUCAGCGUCUCCACGCUCAACAUGGGGAUGCUGAACUUUCCUCAUAGAGAUGCAUUGUUUCAAUGCAUCUCUAUGAGGAGGUGCUGGUUGGCCAAAACGGCGUUUGGCACCGCCCCCUUGCCGAUUUUCGCCAAUCCAAUGCUUUCCCCAUGAGUUUUAACCCAUUCUGAGGGGGGUAAGGGGGUAAAAGCCAUCUAAAUGGUGGGUUUUCACUAUAGGGUCAGGAAUACAUGUUUGUGUUCCUGACCAUAUAGUGUUCCUUUAAUAUAAUUAUUAUUAAUAAUAAUAUCAUUAGUAUUAUUAAUAUAUAAACACAUAAAUAUAUGUUUAAAAGAUACAGGCUUUGUAACUGCCAAUCCCCCAUGCCUUCUGGACACAUUGCUGUGUACCCCACUUCCUAUAGACUGUAAGCUUCUUUGAGCAAGGCCCUCUUUACCUUAGUGAUAGAAAAAGAAAAUGUUCUCUGAGUGCUCAUGGACCAAAGUAAAUUUUUGCGACCAUGAAUGCAAUGGAUUUUAUGAGGAUACAUUUCAUGAUUAAAGUGAUCAACAGACGGGGGCGGGCCUGACCUGCAAACUGAACAGAAGCAUGUUCACAGAGCUCCCGUUGCAUUUGCCAAUUUCUAUGAAAUACUCCUGAAUAUCUAGCUUGCACACUACCCAAGCUGGGAGUACCUUGGUGAACAUUUUUACUUCUUACUCGAAAGUUUCAGAACGCAGGAGCCCAAGAUGGCUCACUGUGUCCUGCGGUUGCUAGAGCUGGUGAGAGGCGGCCACUCUCCUCGUCCUUGCACCCGCUGAACUCCUGCUCCCCUCCCCAACCCCCCUCUAUUCCCAGGAGGCAACCCGGCCUUGUGAAAGGUAUAACUCACUGUCGAACAACCAACAUGCAAACUCAGAGACACGUAUCAUGGCGGAUGCCACGUGCUCCUCUAUGUGCCGUGCUGAACAACCAGACUUCGCAGCUAAGCUUGUUAUUCAAUGCCUUCUGGAGAAGCCUAGCACUCUGACAAAACCAAGCUGCAGCCUCCACAUCGGGUAAACACUUACCUCUGGGGUUGCCUGCACGCUCCCAUCACAGACACCCAGAGCUCACAGCCAAAAGAGCUCAAAAAUGGCGGCCGCGAAGGAGACGUCCCCGGUCCUAUAAUACAGCUGCACAAUUGAAGCCAAAAGCAACAGGGCUUCGCUCCAAGAGAUUGGAGACUCACUCCAGAUCUGGCUGCCGGCUGAGGCAUAAAUCAACUAUCCCAGCGAGUCUGUACGCCGCUCCACCCACGGACUCCACGCCACAGUGGCUGAUCUUGAGGACCUCUGAGGGCCUACCUCACUUGCAUGAUCCUGCCUUCUACUUUCAGCUAGGUGACCUGCGGGGCCUUAUAACAGCAGUAUCAUGGCUGGGCUCAGUGUUCCCACAACAGGGUAGUGGCUGAUCUUGGAGGUGGCUCGCAUCAACUAUGGCAUUAUCUACACCAACAGUAUGCCAGACUUACCUCCAUGUUGAACUGACAAACUCCUUUUUUUUUUUUUUUUUUUUUUUACUUUUUGAUUUUUGUUCAUUCUUCCUGAAUGUGAGACCUGCGGCCUGCAUACCUUGGGGGACCUCCUGGAGCUUUUUCUACAUUAUGUUAUGCACUCUUAGCGCAUGUAACUCCCCUUAUUAAGGUUAAGCUUCCUAUAAUGCAGAACAUGCUUUAUAUUAUUCCUGUUUCUAUUUUCUAUAUCUAAAUUUUUUUGCAAUAGACUUUAUCUUGCAAGCUGUGCUAUACUAUUGAUGAAAGUGUAUACAGUGCCAUGCUUGUUCCUUAUUAUGCAUGUCAAAAAUAAAGAGUAAAAAAAACAACAACAAAAAAGCAAUUUUUUUGCCUUAAUUUUGGUCACGCACAUCCACUGAGUAAGCGCCCACUGUGCCAUGAAACUUGUUGAGGAUUUUUUUGUGGAUUUAUUGGCUGGAUUUCAUCUGCAUUAGUAAUGUACUAGUGUAUAGACUUAUAUUUGGACCAAGUAUUAACAUUUAUUUUUACAAAGUUCUGUUGGUCCCUUUUUUUUCCGCAUAUCAUGUAAACCGUCCCAUUUAUGGACAAAUUAUUUAUUAUUCUGCUGAAAUACUGCGUACAGAAGACACUUGUAUUGUCAGCUAGAUUUGUACCAAUUGAUGUGUUUUCUCUACUAACAUUUUUAACAACAUUAUGAUAUACAGCAAUGUAUUUGUCUACAGAUGUGAACUUAGAGUUACUCUAAGCACCAAAACCAUUUCAGGUUGCUGAAGUGGCAUAGGCCCUGUCUCUUACCUUUUAAUUGGAGCGUGUAGCUACACCACCGCAAGUGUCAGUUAGGGUAGACAUAUGAAUUUUGUACAAUUUGCGUGUGCUGUCUGCAUCCAACACUGAACCCAGGAAAUCACUUUCAUGACUGUUAAAGGACCACUAUAGUCACCCAGACCACUUCAGCUUAAUGAAGUGGUCUGGGUGCCAGGUCCAGCUAGGGUUAACCCUUUUUUCUAUAAACAUAGCCGUUUCAGAGAAACUGUUAUGUUUAUGUUAGGGUUAAUCCAGCCUCUAGUGGCUGUCUCUUGACAGCCGCUAGAUGCGCUUGCGUGCUUCUCACUGUGAUUUUCACAGUGAGAAGACGCCAGCGUCCAAAGGAAAGCAUUGUAAAUGCUUUCCUAUUAGACUGGCUGAAUGCGCGCGCAGCUCCUGCCGUGCAUGCUCAUUCAGCCAAAGAGGAGGAGAGGAGGAGGAGAGCUCCCCGCCCGGCGCUGGAGAAAGAGGUAAGUUUAACCCCCUCCUUUCCAUCCAGCCCAGCGGGAGGGGGACCCUGAGGGUGGGGGCACCCUCAGGGCACUAUAGUGCCAGGAAAACGAGUAUGUUUUCCUGGCACUAUAGUGGUCCUUUAAAGUGACAACCACUAGAGGUGAUAAUAGGCAGUAUUGUAUUUAAUGGCGAGAAACACGGUAUAUAAUUUGUGUGGGUACAGUAAAUGAGUAAGAGGAAAAUUAUAGCUAAACACAAACACUGUAAAAAUGUAAAAAGAGCCCUGGUCCUUAACAGUAAGAAAAUUGAAAAAAGGUCUGCUCACUAAGGGGUUAAUCAUUUGUUAGGUCAGUAUUUAUAAAAGAAAACAAACAAAGUAGUUGAAUUUGUAAAAGUUGACGUGUGCUCCUGAUUUUAGAAUAUGAAGUGUAAAUGCAUAUAUUUAGCUAAUCUGUUACUUAAAUGGGAUUAAUGCUAAGAGCAACUAACCUGACCUUAGAUACCCUGAAGAUUAACAUUUUUCUAACCUUAACUCUGUAUAACCUUUUUAAUAAAUGGACUGCAUUGAACUGGACUGCUUUAUAAAGUCAACAAUAUCUCAGCAAUACUUGUGACUGUACUACAAACACAGCAAAGCGAAUGCCUUUGCUGUAUUACAUAUCUCAGGAUUUGGAAGGUAUUUGUAGCAUGCUUUUGAUCCUUCCUGUGUAAGAAUCCUGGGAUUUCUGUAGCAUAAUUCAGGUUAAAAAAAAUAAGAUUUAAGACUGCCAGCACCAGUUCAGUGCUUACAGGGAGUGGAACCAUGUUUUAUAGCUGUAGAGCAAAUAUUUCAGAUAAAAUCCUUUUUGGGUUCAAUAACAGAUUGACCAUUGGAGUCUACUGGAGCAUAUCUGACAAUUAACUCUAUCAACCUUAGUGAGUGAUUGCAAGUCCCAAAAUGGAAUUAUUGUAAACGUCAGAAGAUAUUUUUGUUUCUUAGUUUUUACCAAAAAUGGUCUUACAGACUGUGUGAAGAGAACCCUUGUCUCUUUCAUUUAAUCUUGUCCUAGAUAGAAAGUCAUUUAGUAAGAUAUUCCUGUUUUUAAACCUUGAUUACACAUCUCACCAUUUCAUAUGAUGUGGGUUAUGAUAACUAUUCACUAAACAGUGUUGCAACAUUUUGGCCAUUAUAGCUGUUAAAAUAGUCUGUAGUCUUUAGCCUAAAUUAAUUAGGAACAAUUAAGGCACCAAAAUACCUUUAGCUUAAUGAAUCACUUUUGGUAUAUUGAUCAUGCCCUUGCAAUCUCACUGCUCAAUUACCUGCCAUGUAGGAGUUAAAUCACUUUUGUUUAUGUUUAUAGUGCCCUAGCCACACCUCCUCUGGCUGUGACUGACACAGCCUGCAUGAAAACAAUGUGUUUUUUUUUUUUUUAAGUAACUUAUGUUAAAAGUUUUUAUCUUCUGCUCUGUAAAUUGAACUUUAAUUACAUAUAGGGGUCUCCUGCUGAGUCAAGAAAGCCAUUAACAGAGCAGGAUAUAAUACAUUCUAUAUUAAAAAGAAUUUGCAAUAAAGGAAGUUUAAACAUUAGAUGACUCUUUACCAGAAGUGACUAGAGCUGUAUAAACAAAAUGAUUUAACUCCUAAGUGGCAGAGAAUUGAGCAGUGAGACUGCAGGGGCAUGGUCUAUACACAAAACUGCUUCACUGAGCUAAACUUGUUUUGGUGACUAUAGUAUUCCAUUAAUUAAUCAUUUUGGUGGAUUAACCCCAGUUUGUUCACUUGACAAUGUAGGGAUAGAUUGCAUUCAACUUGCUUCCUGUGUGUUUCUUACAGGUUAUUAGGAGUGGAUAAGCUAUUCUCUUAUGCUAUUAACGAAUGGCUAACUGAUGUCAAGAAGAACCAACUGCCAGGAAUUUUGGGAGGAGUGGGGCCAAUUCAUUCUGUGGUCCAACUUGGUGAGGCAUUAUUUCACUAAAGAUUUCUCUUUGUGGGGUUGUGUUUCAUUAUCUGUUAUUUAUAUGAUUGUGCUUUAGUUCAGGGUCUGAAGGACUUGGUGUGGCUUCCGAUAGAACAGUAUCGAAAAGAUGGCCGCAUCGUAAGGGGUUUUCAAAGAGGGGCUGCAUCGUUUGGCACAUCCACUGCUAUGGCUGCUCUGGAGCUGACCAAUCGAAUUGUCCAAACCAUCCAGGUAAUACUCAUUUUGAUAAAUGAAUGCACAUUGUAUAUUGGUUCUUGUGUGCAUGAUUCAUCUAUUUUUCUGUGUCUUCCUGGCAUUAAGUAAAUCAAGAGCAUCUUAUAGCUUUGCCAUUGGACGCUUUCUUUGCGCCAUCAUGUAUGGUAGCACUUAAGAAGCUAUGGUAGCAGUAUACCCUAUUUUUUUAUUAUUAAUCUUUUAGCAGGAUUUUAUUGGAAAGUCCAGGUUAUUUACCAACAACUGUAUUCCAAUGGCUUGGUGGGCAUACUACAUCAACAGGCUCUUCAGAAUUUCUUCUUCUUCACUGCACAGUGGAAUGUUAAAUUAAUCAGCUACGUUCUUGUAAUGCCAAGUUCUUUAGAGGAUUUAAAAUUGCUGUACAUUUCCAAGAUAACCAUUGCCACUUGGAAAAAAAAAAUAGUGGUAAUUACUGUAGAACUAGUAGAUUAGUAGAUUAGUUAGAUAAAAAUAAUCUGUUGGGAAUAUGCUUUUUAAAUUGAUUUACAAAAAUACAGUUUAGUUAAUAUUUAUAUACUAGUCGUGGGAACAGGGGAGACAUCUAUCUUUCUCUAAGUGGUUGUUUAAGAAACGUUGCAGGUACCAUAACCACUUUAGUGAAAUUAAUUGGUUAUGUUGCCUGGAACCGUGGAUAUCUUACCUCCAGUUAAGACAUGAUGGAAGCACAGCUAUGUUUUCGCCAAGCACCAUACCAAUUCAUAAAAGGUAUUUGGCCAAAGACUAGCUGAGAUUGCUUAGCUCACUCUCUCGGCCUACUACUACCCAGUACCCCUAAUACAGAGUGAAGCGGUGCAUAGCUCCAUCUCUGCUAUUUCAUCAUUGGAGGCUGAGCUGCAAGCUGACGGGAGUCGGUACUUUUGUUCAUUCGUAUGAGGGGAACAAUCGCUGCUAAGAGCCAGGUGGAACCGUUCGUGGAAUUAUUUGUUUUUGCAACUUUACGAAAUAGACCGGCAAAACUACCCAAACUCGUGGAACUGUUUUGGGCAGCAACAUCGCGGUUAGCCGGUCACAAAUGAUGAGUAACAUGCUUUGCAGUGAUGCAGGACCCAGCACCUAUUGAAGUGGUUAUGGUAAAAACAGUGUCCAUGUAACUCUGUGUUGGGACCAAUAUUUUUUUGUUUCCAUGCUAUUUCAGUGGGUCUAUAGUGGUUGGAGCACUCCCAUUGAAUUCAUCAUCCUCCAUGCAUCUGUCUACUAUUGUUGUUUGCACUCAUGGCAUUGGCUUUCGCAGUGUAACGAAGACUCCCUCUGACACAGGGAAGAAUCUAGUUAGUGAUUUGUCAGUUCCUACAAAAAAAAAACACUGCUCUUUGUAAAGCAAAAGCUAAAAACACAUUCCAAGUAUCAUAACACUCUAAUGAGAUAUGCAGGACCAUGCUGAUUGGCUCUUGUCUUGUAUCAGCCAUGAAUUCAUGAAUAGAGACAUCUGGCUUCUGCAAAAGAAGCAGUGUGGAUGCCUGAGGUGCCCAGGUAAGUUGUCAGGUUUCUAAAAUGGUAUGACAAACAGCAGCCUGUAGUGUUGAUGGUAUAUGGAAUAACAAUUAAAAAAAAAUUUUUACCUGAAUUUCUGGUGUGUGUAUAUCUUGGCUGCUAUCAGAAAGGACAGAUAAACCAUACUGUUUAAAUUGCACUUUAAAGGGAUGGGAACAGUUGGGGGAAAAAAAAAACGUGUUAAUAUUAAACAAACCACUACAUUUUCUUUUUUUAUGAAUAAAAUAUUACACAUGAUUUCAUUAAGGGGGUGGGCCCAGCAAGUUUAAACCUUUUUGUUUGCUAGAUCUAUGCAUUUUCUUUAAUUGUAAGCGCCAAUCCCACUUUUGUGUGAUCUCUGCAUUGUUGACCACUCUUCAGCUUGCAGUCCUUUUAAUAUUUUAUUAUGCAUGCUUUGACCUCUCGGUAUAUCUGUAAAAUGUUUAAAAAAAAAGUAAUUUCUAAUCCAUUUCUUUUAUUAGGCUGCUGCGGAAACAGCUUAUGACAUGGUGUCCCCUGGUCUAAGUCCUGUGGAGUUGAAAAAAUCAAAUAGAUUUUCACAUCACAGAAUGUUGCAUCAACCAGUAGAUCUAAGGGAAGGUGUGGCUAAAGCUUACACUGUUGUAAAAGAGGUAAGAUUGUCUUUUUCUGGUAGGGAAACUGUGUUACAAUCUUCAUGAAACUCUUUAUGGGUUAUACGCUAAAAAUGUAGAAAUGGCAAGGAAAUUUCUACUUUUGGUUGAAAAAUCUUGAAGUCAGCUAUAUCUUAGUUUAGUGAAAAUACCUGUCUGUCAAAACCAAAACAUGCGAAUGACAGUCAGCUGCAGUUAGGUACACAUAUCUAAAUUAUACACUGAGCUGGCAGAAUCAUAAAAAUGUUUGCUUUGUUUGAUAUCAUACAAGAACUGGUGCAGGCACAUUGAUGUUCAAUACAAUAGUGAUAAGUAGUUAGUUUUUUGGGUAAUAUAGCUAAUGGGUGAUAUAUCUAUUUGUGAAGAAAUCCCUCUUUGUGUUCAGUAUUUCUCCUAUUUUUCAUUCGGUACCGAACAGAGACCACCCCUGUGGCUCGUUAACUUCAAUUGAACCCUCUACCUGUGCGGCCGUCGUUCGUAUUGCCGAACGCCGUGUUGCUGAUUAAACGGCGGCCAUCUUUUUCUGUGCAAACAACGGCAGCGGGACUUGGUCGUUGAGUGUCUGGAACUAAAAUCAGACACUCGACUUCCUGAACACCAGUCCCAACAUACGAACGCUGGAUCUUUAUUUCCCGAACAGAUAGAAGAGCGCUGUUCGGUACUUUUGUUCAUUCGUAUGAGGGGAACCGUUCGUGGAAUUAUUUGUUUUUGCAACCAUACGAAAUAGACCGGCAAAACUACCCAAACUCGUGGAACUGUUUUGGGCAGCAACAUCGCGGUUAGCCGGUCACAAAAGACUUCCAUACUUUUUGCGAACCCCUGAACCGAUCUGGGUGAAAUUUGAAUAUGUUGGUCACCCAGAUCGGGGCUAACAGGGGACAUAUUAUUUGUGGGGAUACCAUAUGCAUGAAGGGGUGUUCUAAAUAUUGGGUAAAACUGUAUUUUUUCUACCUGGAGAUAAUUAAGUUAUUACUUUCUCAGACUUGAUUAUCUCCAGGACUAGGGAAGGGAAUUGUAUGUUUGUGCUGGGAGUGUUUUAUGUUUUCCUUGUAAAUGAUUGGAUGUACCAUGUCCCUCCCUGUGGGAUGUCCCCUUGCACCGGGACUUGCAUAAAAGCCAGUGUGUGGUAAUUAAAAGCCAGUUAUGUUGCACCCUUCUUCUAGACUCCGGAUGAUGUUUGGGUAUUCGUAUGCUUUACUAAGGGAAUCGUCUGGUAAAGCUAUUGCAUUCGUAUGGGAAUCGUUUAUUUUAUCUGCCGAAUGGAGAGUUAUAAUCACUGAUACUCUGGCCGUUCGGAAGGAAACUACCGAAUGAGGAUUGGAUAUACUAGGUUUCCUUACACUAUUAAAGGGACACUAUAGUCACUGGAACAACUACAGGUUAUUGUGGUUGUUCAGGUGUCUAUAGUGUGUCCCCACAGGCUUUUUAAUGUAAACACUGCCUUUAAAGAGAAAAAGCAGUGUUUAAAUUGGUGCCUAGUAACACCUCUAGUUGCAUUCACUCAGACGGCCACUAGAGGUGCUUUCUGUGUCAGUGAUGCACAGUGUGCAGCGUCUUCACGCUCUGCAUAGAGACACUGAACGUUCCCUACAGAAAUGCAUGCGCAAUAGCCUCCCAAUGCUUUCCUGUGGGAAAACAUUGAAUAGACUGAGAUCAUCAAGUUUGGUGACCUCAGCAACAGGCAGAGCGAGGCGGCGCCAACCUUGGCAAGACCAGCGUGGCAUUGGAAAACAGGUAAGUAAAAUCACCUUUUCAAAUAGAGACAAAGGGGUCAAGAAUCUAAACAGUGAAUUUACCAUUAUAGUGUCAGGAAUACAUGUUUGUGUUCCUGACACUAUAGUGUUCCUUUAAGCUAGUAGAUUUUGUUGCUAUGUGUUAGGAAUGUGGGUAUGGGGGAUAAAAUGGGGCUUUAGAAUUUAAUGUCAGGAAGGCGGAAGCAUCGCUUUUGAGUUAUAUAUUCAGACUGUGAUGUGAUAGAAUGUAGAAAUAUUGAAAUUUGGGUGAAGGGAAAAUGGGUGGGAAAGUUAAAAUGGACAAAAAAGGGAUGGUAAAUUCUAUUGUGAGUGUAAUUUUAAGAAUUUUGAGGAUGCAGUAUGGCGGUGGGAAUGGAAAUUAUGAGUUGGCAGUUUCGCUAUGAAAAGGGGAAACUGAGCAUGCAUUUUGGCUGUGUAAUGGAGCAGGUUCUAUGCCAUUGAAAUGGUAGUAUGGCAAAAGAAAGAGAGAAAUUAGCAGGUAGUAUAGCUGUGGGAGUAGGUUUUUUAUAUCUUUAAGAUGUUGUUUUAUGUUUUUUUUCUGAUUCUGACAGUGCUUAUAUAUUUCAUUAUACCAGGGCAUAACAGACACAGCUCAGGCAAUCUACGAGACGGCUGCUCGGGAACAUGAGAACAGAGGCUUAACUGGAGCAGUAGGAGGAGUCCUCAGACAGAUCCCACCUGCAGUGGUAAAACCUUUAAUAGUUGCAACAGAAGCAACGUCAAAUGUACUUGGUGGAAUGCGGAAUCAGAUCAGACCUGAUGUGUGGGAGGAAGAGUCUCAGAAAUGGCGUUUAGAAGAAGGUUAGGAUGCCAAGUACAGUGUUUAAAGGGACUUCCAUCAAGGAUCAUUGUCUUUACAGCAGUUUGAAGCAGCUAUCCUGGAUAGGUUUCAGGGUCUUUCUACGAAAGUGGCUCAGGAAUUCUAGACGUUCUUAGCAACAGAAGUCAAGAAAACACUUUAAACACUACAUUUUGAAGCUUCCUGGAACUCGACAUAGUCUUCUAAUAGACCUCUGGACAAAUGAAUUCUAGAUAGAAAUAAGAACUAGGACAUCCUAUUUCCUGUUACUUGACAUCUCCCUGCUUUGGCUGCUGUUCUUCUGGAUUCCUUCCUAAGUGGUGAUGUUUUUUUUUACUUACAGGAUAUCCUGACCAUGGUUUAAAAAAAAAGCUCCUUUGAACUUUUUCUGUGAUUUGGCUUCAAACAUGUGGAAAAUAUGCCUGUUUCCACAGUUACAUGUAGUCAAUAUACAAAGCUUACAGAAUUUGUACCUUUCUGUUUUUGUAGGUUUAUUUGUUUGUUUGUUUUUCAUUUUGCAACACUGCUAUUUGUUGAAAAAUCAGCCGUUCUAUGUUGUCAGUAAUUUGGCGGCUGAAUCCUGCAAGCAAGGAUCUUGUCUUUCAUUUAGUCUGUAAAUUGUACAUGUUUAAAGUGUGAAUAAACCUCUUGUGUUCUGGUGACUUUAUGUUCUUUUUAUAGAAAGACAUUGGUAAUGCAGUUUGCAAGAAUAUCCUUUCCCUCGCACGCGUGCUCAUAUAUGUGCUAUUUUCAACUGCUUGCCUACAGCCGGGGCACGGUUAAGGAUUUUUGCCACCCUAGCCAAAGACCCUUUUUGAUACCUUCUCAUAAUUCUGACUCCCCUAUGGGAUUUAAUAACUAAAUCAGAAAUUAUAAUCAAUUGACCACGUUUUAGGCCAAAAACGAAAUUUCUUGGACACUGGUCUAAAAUGGACAUUUGCCUUUUUAUUUCUCCACACGAGCAAAUAAACGAUACGAUUGCUCACACUUGAGAAAA